AGCUCACAAACAGGAAGUGCUCCCAGUAAAGCUCUGCACGGACUGCAGUGUACGAAGUGCAGGUACUGAGCGCUUGCAGUAUACAGGGGGUUUGUGCUGCAGCCCCUUUAUACAGAGAAAGUGCAGGAUAUGUGCUGCAAUCCCUUUGUAGAGGGACUUUGUGCUGCACAUCAUGUAUACAGGGAUUGUGUGCUGUCAGCCUGUAAUACAGAGACUGACAGUGUGCUGCCACCUUAUUAUAUAGAUACUGUUUGCUGAACUCUAUACAGGGGCAGGGAGCCUUAAUGGUAAAGCUGGCUUUUCUCAUGGUGAUUAUUAAUAUGAGAACGUUAAAAGGUUGACAGGAUUCUGUGUUGGAAGCUAUAUCCUUGCCAUUCAGUAGAUCAAAAGGUCAGGGGUUUGUUAGAAAAAUAAUCUUGGCAGUAUUAGCUCUGGGUGUUAUUUAGAGAACAUUGUUUGUAUAUUUUAAUUGAGUUUGCUUUUCACGAGGUCUUAUACCUGUAAUAGGUGUUUUUGAGUGCACUGGACUGUGCUGAAAUAUAUAGGGGGGGGGGGGUGAAUUAUUCACUAAACCAAAAAAAAUAAAUGAAAUAGCGAUAAGGGAUUUGCACAAAUAAUUUUAAUGGGAAAAUAGAAUUGUAAAGGUUUCCAAUUUGGUUACUUUGUAUUUAUUUUGUCAAUGAUUUAUUUAGUAAAUAAACUACUCUAUAAGGGCGCUCCAGUCUGCAACACAUACCUUUAAUGUAUUGUAUUUUCCAAUAUGUGGAAAUAAGUCAUUUGAUUUCUUGCUCGUGAAUAGACCAACACAAAAUAAACACCAGUGGAAGUAGAAUGGCAAAUUACCCUUUUGGUUUGCAGAUCAUAAGAAGAUUCCUCAAUUUCAUCAUAACAAAUGCAUAAAACAUAUAAACUACAAGAGGACCACAAUAGUGCAAUAAAUACUACCCCUACAAGGUUAGGGAAUACAUUGCACUCACAGACUUAAAGUAGAAUAGUAGCAGUGUAAAAUAUAAGCUGGCAGAACCUUCUUUCUUCUUUUUAUCCAAUAAGUAAUUUUAAAGAAUCCACUGUUGUGAGAAUGGUUAUCCUCUUUAAAAAAAAAAAAAAAAAAAGACUCUCCUUCUGUAUUGAGCUAGCUGAUACCACUAAGGACAUCUAGCAGAGACAGUGCUUGGGCCAGAAGGAUGCAUAGAUUGUUUUUAUGUAUCUGUCGUGCUUGUGAAUACCAAACAGCGGUCUAUAGAAGAUACACAGGACCUUCCAUAAAUAAACCUGCACAAUGAGAGGCAUCUUUUGUUUGUUGUACAAGUUGUUGCGUAUUCCCAUACGAUAUUGUGAAUGACAAAUGAUGCAAAAAGGCAAGAUUUGGAGGUUAAAGUUCUGCCCAUUGCAAUAUUUUGCCCUAAGCUAUCUUUUGAUUGCAUUGGAAUUUCAAAUAAAUGUAUGCAGUCGGAUUCUAGAUUUCUGUUUUAUUUGUUUAUCAUUAGUUUUUUAUUGCAGAGCAAAGUUAGUGUUCUGCCACAUUUCCAAUCCAGUGUUACUGAACCUACUUAACUUACAAAAAAUUAAUCACUGGUAAAACUAGACAGACAAUCUGCUGUUCAAAGUUCUAAUUUAUUACAGUAAAACCCUGGCCUACAAAAUGUGAACUUAAUACCCACUGUCCUUUGUAUUCACUUGUUUUACAUGUACUAUCGUCAGAAACAAUAAAGAGAAUAAAGUACACACUGUCAGUAAUUAACAUGUGCAAGAAAAACACAGUAUAUGUGUACAUAAACCAAACAAGUGCAAUUAGUGCCAAAUUGGGCACAAGCAGACAAAAAACCUUCUCUGUACAAGGUGCAGCUUUCAAUGGUAUCCCCCAAGACUUGCUCCUGUCUUCCACGAAAUAUAUGCAAAAAAUAGGGGAUGAUCUGCUAAACCAUAACAAAUGAAAAAAACAUAGUGUAUAAAUGUGUAUAUGAAUUAACCGCAAGUGCUGUAUUCACAAAUGGCCCCUCACACAUUCACUGAAGUUAAAGAACCUUAAAGGAUCACUAUAGGGUCAGGAACACAAACAUGUACUCCUGGCCCUAUAGUGUUAAAAUCACCAUCUAGCCCCUCAUGCCUCCAUAAAUAUAGUAAAAAUCUUACUGUAUCAUGCUUGAAGCUGUAACUCUGCAAGCUGUUAGACUCAGAAAAACAAGCGGUCUGCUGACAUCAUUAGAAGUGGUAGCCUGAUCCAAUCUCAAUGCUUCUCCAUAGGAUUGGCUGAGACUGACAAAGAGGCAGAUCAGGGGCAGAGCCAGCAUGAUUCAAACACAGCCUUGGCCAAUCAGCAUCUCCUCAUAGAGAUGAAUUGAAUCAUUGAAUCUCUAUGAGGAAAGUUCAGUGUCUGCAUGCAGAGGGAGGAGACACUGAUUGUUUGGAUGCACUUUAGGCAGCCAUGACCCAGGAAGGAUCUCUAACAGCUAUCUGAGGAGAGGCCAGUAAAGUUAUCACUAGGCUGUAAUGUAAGCACUGCAUUUUCUCUGAAAAGAGAGCCUACUCACCAGAACAAAUUCAAUAUGCUGUAGUUGUUCUGGUGACUAUAGUGUCCCUUUAAGUAUAAAUUCCUUCCAAGGAUUCAAUCUUCCAUCGGUAUUUAAAUCACCAUGGAUUGGCUGGAGUAUAUGUGCUCAAGAGCGAAAAAAAUAAAAAAUCACAAUCAAGAGUGUAAUAAAAAAUCAAUUUAAUAACUUACAUCAAGGUUAAAGGACCACUAUAGGCACCCAGACAACUUCAGCUUAAUUAAGUGGUCUGGGUGCCAGGUCCAUCUAGGUUUAACCCUGCCUGCUGUAAACAUAGCAGUUUCAGAGAAACUGCUAUGUUUACUUUAGGGUUAAUCCAGCCUCUAGUGGCGGUCUCAUUGACAGUCGCUAGAGGCGCUUCCGCGCUUCUCACUGUAAAAAUCACAGUGAGAAGACGCUGCUGUCCAUAGGAAAGCAUUGAGAAUGCUUUCCUAUGGACUGGCUGAAUGCGCGCGCGGCUCUUGCUGCGCAUGCGCAUUCAGCUGAUGACGGCCAAAGGAGGAGGAGAGUCCACAGCGCCGAGGGAGCCCGGCACUGGAGAAAAGUAAGAUUUUAACCUCUUCCUCCCGCUAGAGCCCGGCGGAAGUGGGACCCUGAGGGCACUAUAGUGCCAGGAAAACGAGUUUGUUUUCCUGGCACUAUAGUGGUCCUUUAAAAACAAUAGGUGGAGUAUCUCUGAGUCACCACCAGGGGUCCUACACGUUUCGCCCAUGUAUAGGACUUCCUCAGAGACUUUGGUAGUGUGCAGUAACAGGAUUUAAAUGAACCUUGAUGUAAGUGAUUAAAUUGAUUUUUUUUUUUAUUACACUCUUGAUUGUGCACUACAAUUUUAUAAUUUUUUCUCUCUUGAGCACAUAUACUCCAGCCAAUCCAUGGUGAUUUCAAUACAGGUGGAAGAUUGAAUCCUUGGAAGGAAUUUAUACUUAAGGCACUUUAACCUCAGUGAAUGUGAGUGGCCAUUUGUGAAUACAGCACUUGUGGUUAAUUCAUAUACAAAGUUAUAUGCUAUGUUUUUUCGUUUGUUAUUGGUUUACCAGUAAUUAGCAUGUGCAUGAAUCUUGCUAGCAACAUUUUUGUUUUCAUUUAUAUCAGGGUCUCAACAAGGUAAAAUGAAAAGGGCUCUAGCUCUAAAACGGGCUCAAACGCUAUUUGUUGUGUUCACUAAACACUGAAAUUGCUACAAAAUUCAGCCAAUUUUAUUCGGUUGGCUGAUUUCUCCUAUAAAAUUCCUCUGUGGUUCAAUUUAUUCACAUUCACCAAUUUAACUGAAUUGAGCCUACAUUGAGCAUAAUGUGUACCUGCUAUUUUCAAAUGGCUCUUAUAUCAGCAGUGAAAUUCACAGCAACAUGCUAGUCGGAUGGUAUCUGAUGUUCCUGAUAUAUUUAAAGGGACACUAUAGUCACCUGAACAACUUCAGCUUAAUGAGGUUGUUCAGGUGAGAACUAUAGCUCCCUGCAGUCACUCAUGUCAAAAUACAGUGUUUACAUUGAAAGCUAGGAACACCUCCAGUUGCAGUCACUCAAAGUGAACCAGAGGGACUUUGGAGUUGAUGGAGGCAUAAUAUGCCUCCAUCCAUUCAGAUCUGCUGUCAGCAGAGCUCAGGGCAGCAGUGUGCACAGCAUCCUGUGAUUCAGUAUCUCCUUCCUCUGCAUGCAGACACUGAACUUUCCUCACAGAGAUUCAUUGAUUCAAUUCAUCUCUAUGAGGAGAUGCUGAUUGGCUAGGGCUGUGUUUGAAUCAUGCUGGCUCUGCCCCUGAUCUGCCUGUUUGCCAGUCUCAGCCGAUCCUAUGGGGAAGCACUGUGAUUGGAUCAGGCUACCACAUGUCAGCAGACUGCUUGUUUUUCUGAGUCUAACAGCAUGCAGAUUUACAGCUUCAGGCUUGAAUACAGUAAGAUUUUUACUAUAUUUAUGGAGGCAUGAGGAGGUCCACGGGGGCUAGAUGGUGGUGUUAACACUAUAGGAUCAGGUAUACAUGUUUGUGUUCCUGACCCUAUAGUGAUCCUUUAAAAGUCUCUGUUAAAGUAAAAAGUAAGGGGGAUUUGGGGUGGGGAAACGGUGACUUAGGUGUAAGAGCAGGGUCAGACUGGGAACUAAAAGCAGCCCUGGAGAGCUAUUACUCCAAUGUGAAAGAAAGCACUCAUAGGACUUCAAAAUGGACAAACGUCUGUAUUUUAAGCAGACGUGCAUUUGCAUAUAAUCAGUGUUCCAGUCCAGCUACCUUGACUUGUUAAGUAAAGUUUAGUAAUGGGACUGAAAUGGUGAAUGUAUGCUGUUGCACAACUGUAAUAAAAAAGACGUUCUCUUGUUUAUUUUGAAGCCCUAGGAGUGCAGUCCAUAUGAAAGCUUUGGGAGGCUAUUGCGCAUACGUGGCAAAAUGCUGUGUUGCGGCAAUCAGUUUCUCCUCAAUCAAUACAUCUCUAUGGGGAGCGGUCAGCACCUCCAUGCAGAGCGUGGAGACGUUGAACAUAUGUGCUGCACACUGUGCAGCCCUGGACUAGGAAGUACAUAUAGUGGCCGUUCCAGUGACUGCUACAAGAGGUGUUCCUAGGCAGCAUGUAAAAACUGAAAAGGCACCGUUUACAGUGUUCAGCCUGCAGGGACAGGCUAUAGACAUCAGAGACCAUACAUUAAAUUGUAAUGGGUCUGGUGACUGUAGUGUCCCUUUAAUAAGACAUGUUUUUUUUUUUUUUUGUCACCUGUUAAAAUCAACUUUUCAGUUUAGACUCCUGUGCCAAAAAACUGAGUUACAAGGACAGCAGGAUAUACAGGCAAAGACGUGUAUAUAAAAAGGCAUCUUCACCUGUUUUUUUCUUAGCCUCCCUUUUGAAUUUUUUGCCCACUUUUUGUUUUCUUAUCUCCCCUCUUUUUAUUGUCUUACCCGCGUUAGUGUAUCUUAUCUCCAAUUUGUGUGUCUUACACUCCUCUUGCGUAUCUCUUACAACCCGCUUUGUGUAUCAUUUCUCUUUUUGCCCUUCUCCCUCUGACUUUUUCCCAACAGUGCAUUUUGUGUAUUUCUCCCCCAAUCCCCUUUUGUGUGUCUCUUAGCCUCAGCCCCUUUGUCUCUCCUCUGUGUGUUUUUCUUCUAGCCCAGCACCUUUGUGUGUUUCUUUCUCCUCCCCAGCCACUUUGUGUGUCUUUUUCUGGCCCAAAGGUAAGCCAGGCCGUCAGGAAAUUUCACGGUAUACCGGUGGACCAGUCCGGCCCUGGGUACGAGUCUUAUAGGUAUGGCUUCCAUUGCCCAGCUUUGUAGUAAGAGGAUUAAAUGAAAUAAGCUAUGUUACAUUUAAUCUUUUGUGACUAGUCAAAUUAGCAAAUGUAUAUGGAAAUUUGGCUCAUUUUAACAAUUUACCAAAUGGCAAAGAACAAUGAAACAACAGAAUUACUCUUAUGUAAACAGCUGCAUAGGUUUCAUGCAGCUUACUGUUUAAACAGCCAAACUUGGAGAAUCAGUUGCCAUUAGGUGGCUAGGAAUAGGCACAAAUUUGACAAUGGUAUGUGUGCCUAUUUUGCAUAUUUAGAACAACAUCCUCGUAUUGUUUUGGGUGCUGUAUGAUGACGUUAUGUGACACAAGUUAUAAUAAAUUUAUAUUCAUUGAUGUAAUGUUUGUUUUUCUUUUUCCCUCUGCUGUUGCUGAAGGAAUGGCUUUGGCUGGAGUUAGGGUUUUAGAAUUAGCUGGCUUGGCACCUGCUCCAUUCUGUGGAAUGAUAUUAUCAGAUUUCGGUGCCCAAGUGAUUCGAGUGGAUAAAAUCAAUUCUUCCCACUUCCCAAUGGAUACUAUGGGGAGAGGCAAGAGGUCAAUAGCAUUAAACCUAAAAAGCUUGAAUGGAGUUGAUAUUCUGAAGAGUCUAUGCAAGAAGUCUGAUGUCCUUCUUGAACCAUUCCGUCAUGGUAAGUUGUUUUAUUUGAAGAUUUUCCUAUUGUAGCUACAAUUCAGAAGAUGAAAAGAAAGAUAGUGAACUUUAAGGUAACGCAAACUAACAACCAAUGUCUAGAAUAAUUAGCUACAUGGUAAAAGCAAAUUAAUUGUGUUAUUGUGGAAGAAUUACUUGUGUUAAUUAGGAAACUGACUUGUGUUAAUUCUGUGUGUGACAGAAAUAAAGAUAAUACACUUGCUCUUAAAGCGACCCUAUAGGCACCUAGUUACCUUUGUCUCAAUGUCUCAGUGUUUUCAACCUUGCAACUGAGAACAUUGCCGUUUUGCAAGAAUGCCCAUGCUUACGUUGCUGAAUUAACAUGCCUCCAGUGACUGUCUUCCUGGCAGCCACUAGAAGCAAUUCUGCCCAAUAGUUGAGUUAAACUCGACUAUUCAAUCAGAUGGUCUCAUAGAGAUCAUGUGAUUGGCACAGCGCACUAGCAGUCCAGCUUUAGAAAUACAUAGAUUUAUUUGUACUAGUCAGGCUGACUGCAACUAGAGGCAUGGGGAUCACAAAAGGAAAACAAUACAAUUUUUCAGUUAUAGAACCUUAUCAAAUACAAGGCUGUAGGGGCAUGAUCUAUGCUACAUAAUCGGUUCAUUAAGAUGAUGGAAUUUUGUUGUUUACACUGUCCUUUUAAAGUGGUACUCUAGGUACCAUAACCACUACAGCAUAAUGUAGUGGUUACGGUGUUAGGAGUUCCUCCAGUAAUCUGUCAAAGUACUUACAAACAGUUUGACACUUUCGUUCCCAUGUUGCAUGCUUGUAAACAGCAGCUCAUGGAAUCUCUUUGCCGCUUCUGUGUAUUGUAUUGCUUAUGGUGCCUAGAGCCUAGAGCAUCCCUUUAAUUUUAAAGAAAAAGAGAGUAAAAGAUAUUUUGUCAUUUCCAUUGUUCACAAUACUCAAUACAGAAUCCGGGGUCAGCUAAUUACGCCGUUGCAGGCGUUACAUCAGCAACACAAACCACACAGUGUCAACUUCUCAAACCUCACUGUUAGAAUUGUAUAAGCAGUGCCCAAAAAGUACUACAUUCCACACUAUGCAUUUCGAGCUAGAGAUAGACACUUCUUCAUGGGUAUGAAUAAACCCACACAAGAACCUUCUUAAAUAGGGAGGAUCCCACACAAUACAUUAACUCUUAACUCUAAAUACAUUAACAAGAUAUCUGAAGGCAAAGUGGAUCUUCUAUUUGUAAAGAAGAACCCCUUUAUAUUAAUAAUCCUUGAAGUGUUGUCACUUUAUAGUUUGUGUCAAUUAUGCUUAGGACACAAUCCUAUACAUAGUUACAUAGCUGAAAAGAGACUUGCGUCCCUCAAGUUUACCCUUCUCCACGUAUGUUUUUGCUGUUGAUCCAAAAGAAGGCAAAAAACCUAGUCUGAAGCGCUUCCAAUUUUGCAACAAACUAGGAAAGACCCCAAAAUAGCAUUACACCACUAAUUAGAAAUGAUAUCCCUUUAGUUCUCUUAUUUCUAUUGUACUUCUACACUUGGUGCCAAGGAUGACUUACACAAUUUAACUAUAAUACAAAAUGUGAUCUUGAGAUUUUCAAGGAUAGAGGGUUAUUUUCAAAUAUAUUCAAUUUUGACAUUUUGAUUGAACCAUUUAUAAAGAUAAAUAUAUUGGCUUGUUUUCAGGAGUGAUGGAAAGUCUAGGGCUUGGUCCUGAGGUCCUACUUAGUGAAAAUCCAAAACUAAUUUAUGCAAGACUAACUGGAUUUGGCCAAUCUGGAAAAUAUGCAAGAUCUGCGGGCCAUGACAUCAAUUAUGUCUCUCUGUCAGGUAUAUUGAAAAAGUCAGUUGUCUACUCUUUGUUCUUAAUGGAAUGAAGGCAAACAAUUUCAUUAAUACAAAUAUAAAUUAGAGAUUGUAGGUUACCAGUUUUAAGUUUGUGAGAACACUCUAUUAUAAUUUAUGAUGUGAAACAUCAAUUCUCCAUUCCUUAAUAGAAAGAGCUUAGCAGGGGAAUAAGCAACAGUACUUAGCUUGAUUGAUGGGGCAGUGUUCACUGAGCUUUGCCAUUGAUGAUAUUGUAAAAUAUGUUACCAAUGGGUUAACUAUCAUGAGCAACAUAGUGCGAAGUUUACCCAUCAUUGAUAAGAGACUUUAACCCCUUCACUGUGUUAGGAUGUUCACAGAGUGGGCUUUAAUGCUGAUAGGGUACCAUGGAAAGUACAAAUAUUUUGGUGUGAGAAGGAGUAAAGCCCUGCUCACAUCAGGGAGUCCCAGAUACCAAUAGGCCCUUCCCUAUUCUGUCAUCUGGGGCUUUUUUUAGUGAGAGAUGUGCUGCAUACAGAGCUCAAAGUGACAAACAAUACAGCCUGUUAAAUCUGGAUUUUAAUCUACAUAAACUAAAAAACGGUGUGAGCAGGCUUAAAUCUCUACUCAAACCAAGAUACCCAGGUAUCAAUAGGUACCUGGUGUAGCGUACCUUGGGUAAGUCAGCUGGUUACCUCCACUAUUAAUAAAAGGACAGACCCAUUUCCCUCCCAGUAACUGGAUGACACAUAGUUCCAGGGGUACAACAACUUUUUUGAUUGGCCACACACAGCUUUAUACUUUCCCCAUGCAAGGGGUGGAACACACCUGAAGACAAUGGACCCUCCCAGGGUCCUCCCCUGCCCGGUAGUCGUAUAACGGAACCGGAACCCAAGUCCCUUUGUCCCCUGUUCCCGCCACUCAGACCCAGGGCCCUUCCUCUGCCCAGGGUUUUCUUCCAAGAAGUCUCUGUAUCUGGGGGUCGAAGCGCUUGGAACUUCCCGCCUCUUUACCUCCCAGUGACAGAGAGCCUGACAUCCUCUGCCAUUGUCCCAAAAGAAUGUCCCCACCAAUCUUAGGGACCCCCCAGACUGGUAACCACCAUGAACAGACACCGUUUGUGGGGUUCCUUUGUGGAACCAGGCAAGGGAAGCGUCUCCUUUCGGAACAUGGAUGCUCCCCCUGGCCGACGUUCGCCUAUACGAACGGCGGUCACCCAGAGAGGCACUCAUUACUUCCCUUGCGAUUUAACACUAUGUUGCGAGUUGCCAAUGUUCUAAUUGAUUGGUGUGAACAUUCCAAUGGGGGCUGAGGAGGUCCUCGUUUGGGAACCAAUCCGCGAAUGCUCCCCCUGGAUGGCGGUCGUCUAAUGAACGUGCUUACACCCAGGGGAGGCACGCGCCAAAGCUUGCCUUGCGGUGUUGACACCUCAUUAUGAGAUGCAAACAUUCUAAAACUACAUUCUAAAUGGGAUUUCUUGAUGGUCCUCUUUCGGGAGGUGAAUGGAGUCCCAUUUGUGGCGGUACUCUCGAAUGGGGAGCAGGUAUUUCUACAAACACAACAAAUAAAACACAGGGUCAAGAUAGGGAAAACACACGAAAGGGAUGUCAUGACAGUAACACACACUGCAGAGUAACCGGGGCAGUUCACAGUUUAGCGGGGCUUCUGCUACACACCUGGAAUUCCCCUUUGCCAGCUGGGGCCAUUUUAAUCAGACUGACAAAUGCGCUAAAUGCAGAACUCAAAGUGAUUGCUGCUACAGCCAUUUAAAUACAUUGAGAACACUGCGUCUGCACAGAUCGCACUCCGCAUCUGUGUUUCUGGGCUGGCAGGGGCUCAAAGAAGAUCCUCUGCCAGCCCAGAAACACAGCGGUCUGGGAUAUGACUGUAAUGCUGAAAACAGACGGUGGCAACAUACCAUUCUCUACUGGUUUAACUAGAAAACCCAUCUGCCGAUAUUAGUACUAUUAGCAGAGUGUUUCUUUAGGGUAGGUGUUUGUUGUAGGGCUAUGUAAGGGCUAAUGCUGGGUUGGGGUUAAGGAGUGUUGGGUUAAAGUUAGGGGUAAGUUUAGUGCAGGUAUACAGUUAGUGUGAAUUUGGGGUUAAGGUUGGUAUAACUAUAGGUGGGUUGGUAUAAUAUUAGCAUUAAAGGGACACUCCACACCCCUAAAGCACUUUAGCUUGCUGAAGUGCUCUGUGUGAAGAGUGUGUCCUAUUGUUUUAAUUUUACUAAAAGUGCAGAUUUCAUUAGAAAUUAGCACUAUCAUAAUUUAACCUUGUUACACCCCGUGACUGGCAAUCAGAUAACCGGUCCUGCUACUUCCUGGUGGAGCUAAACUCAAGAGACAGCAAUUUCUCAGAGUACCUGACUUACAAAGUCUUCUCAUUGAGCUGCUUUGAGAAGUCUGUGAUUGGACAACCACAGAAUGUCUGGGCGGGGUUAGAAGGGGAGAGCUACCAAAAAUGUAUUUAGAUCCUAGACACAUGAGGCAUUUAACAAUCAGGAUGUGAAUACAUUGGAGCUCUUUUUAUUUAGUUGCACUGGAUGUGUAAAAAAUUAUAUAAACAAAAUUUCUAAAAAAAAAAAGGCAUUUUUCCCCAAUUGUUUAGAUCUUAAUAUGCUGUGUUAGGUAUACAUAUAGGAUAUUAAAAGUCAGCCCUUUCUGUCAUUUAAACAGAUAGAGAUAUAUAUAUAUAUAUAUAUAUAUAUAUAUAUAUAUAUAUAUAUAUAUAUAUAAUCUCUAUUAUAAAAAUUCUCUUAUUAACAGCGUUGACAUUGUUAUUGUAACGUUCAGAAGGAACCCUAACACACAGACAGGACAGAGUAGAGAGAAUUGCAAUACCGAUCCUUAGAAUGGUCGGGUUAUGCAAAAAGUCAAAACACGAGCCGAGGUUAAGGGAAACAGAGAGAUGGAAUAACGAGAGACAAAACCAAAUAUCAGUAACCAGGAAAUCCAAAUAACAAGUGCAACGCUCAAUGGUAAACCAAUGACCACAACAGGGCACUGAGGCAAAGGAGAGGUUAGCUUAUAUACACACAGGGUGUAUCUGAUUGGCUAACCUCCAAUUAGUGUUAACCACAACACGUGGGAGGAGUUUCUUCCCUCCCUUGUGGUCUCUGAGGUCAUCACUGUGUGCCAGGUCACAUGACCAGAUGCAGCACACACAUAUAAGGAAGCUGCUCUGGAACGUGCAGCGUCAGAUACACUGCCAGUCUGGAGACGAGGACCAGAAGACGCAGCAAUGUCGCCGCAAGCGGCGCGAUGGUAGGGGACCUGACAGUUAUAAAAAUCUCAAGGUAAAAUAUACAAUGCAGUUUUCAGUUAAUAUAGGUCAUCAAUCUUUAAGGUAUCUGGAGUGUUCACAUUGAAAAACAGCAGCUUUAGAGCUUUCAUACCUAAGUGGAAGUUUCCCAGAAUUAAACUUGGAAUGAUUUUUCAACAAGGAUUUUGUGCACAUUGUUGAGGAAAUAUAGGGGGGGAAAUAAUCUCUUUUGUAGUUCUACUUAUUACAGUGAUGAGUGUUCUAUACCAGUUUGCAGCAUCUUUGUGGGCUUUGAUUUAGUCUAGUGAUUGAGAACUUGAACCAAACCGUAACUUUAUUGACAUACCGGAUAGGAAGUGUAUUACUGGUCAUUACGGGUGUCUGGGCUUAACUCAAAAACGGACAAGAGCAUAGUCCCAGUAUAGCCAAGAUCAAGGACUAGAGAUGUGUGCAUGUAAACGAGAGAGAGCGGAGUCAGAGGAUAGCAGAGAGCAGGAGUGUCAAGACUGUUGGUCAGAAUACCAAUAAAUCACAAUAAACCAGGAACACUCUAUUAGGUUCUACGGAGACCACAACAAGGCACUGGCUACUUAUUAAAUCGGGCUUUUAUAGGAUUUCAGAAAGUGAAACUGUUUGCAUCAUUCCUGCACAGCCAAAAUGUAUGUGAGCAUUAACAAGGACGCAAAGCCACGUAUACUUAAUCAUUAUUUUGACUCACAGAGGUUGUGCCAUAAAUUGACUCUGAGACGAAGUAUAAAUGACAGCAUGAUGGAUGCCAGAAUGGUGCUGGACUGAGUGUAGGAUGCCAAAGUGACAUGGAGGCUGGAGGACAGGGCAGGAGUGGGCAAUUACCUGUAAAGAACUGAGACAUCCCAGCCAGCAACCUUUCACUUUUUUCUUCUAUUUCUAUGGGGAAAUUAAUGCAUGUCAAUGAGACAUGUGUACACAGAAAUCCAAUAGAAGCAGCAGUAGAUUCACUUUAGUGAGAGCUCUUCAAAGUGAACUGUGAAGACGUCUAUGAUUACCAUACAUUUCAAAGUAAAAACACUGCACUUGUACCCUAUUGGUAAAUCUAGACUUGUAAUAAAAUUAGUUGGUAUAGCUAAGCUGGAAUGCAAUCACUACCUUAGUAAUACCCCAUCGAGGGAAAGUAUUUAAAAAGGUUGACACCAGGGGACUCCAAGCAUAAUUUAAGAAUAAUUUAAUAAUUUAAAUAUGCUAUUUUUUAAUCAGCCUAUGAUGGACGAGGUGCAUGUACUCUUAAUUAGCAGUUCUAGGUUACAGAAUUACAACUAGGAAGUGAUUUUUCUCACUUUCUAUAUACAGGAAGGUAAUAAUACCCUGAAUGUAAGAUUAGACUUGCCAAAUAAUAUAUUUAUACCCGUAUAGCUUUGAAUUGAUCCAUUUAGGCCAUUUUUGGAUUAUCCAUAUAGUUUGGUUAAGCAAAGUCUUACUCAAUACUUUUCUUCUAUAUUGCUUCUCAAUCUUUAGGUUUGCUAUCGAAGCUUGGAAAGAAACAUGAGAACCCCGUGUCACCCCUAAAUCUACUUGCUGACUUUGCUGGUGGGGGUGUUAUUUGUGCAUUAGGAAUUACAAUGGCUUUGUUAGAACGGGUACAAUCAGGACAAGGGCAGGUGAUUGAUUCAAGUAUGGUAAGUGGUUUCUAUGUGGCUGGUUUAUCUUCAUUACUAUUAUGCUGGCAAAUACAAUUGUAUACAAAUAUAAAGUUUAAGAAGAUGUUCUGGAUUCCUUACACUUCAGCAUUUGCAUGACCAGUUCUGUUAAUGUUAGAAAUCUAAGUCUGUGGCGUUCAACCACUGAGAUCCAAAGAGCAGUCUCCUGUGUUGUGUGGAUAUCCUCUUUCAUUAUCUUUGUCUAUUGUUUAAUCAGGUGCAUGUUCUCCAAACACCAUAGCUUUUAUCAACCCAUUAUUUCUGACUUGAUCCAGCAGAUUUUCCAGUUCUUUGCUCCAAGGUUUUCAAAUCACUGAUGCUGAUUUGUUAGAGGCACACAGUGAUAUAUAAAUGCCAAUACAACUCUGAAUUCAUAUACACUGGCAUCAUAUUACCCAUGUAUUAAUACACAGAGACUAAGCACAAAUACACUCCUGCAUUCACACCACUCUUCUUCUCAAUACAACCCUGCAUUUACACAAAACUCCGCACAAAUACAACACUGCAUUUACAUAGACUGACUUAUAUAUAGGUAUACUUUUACUAGUCAUUUUAAAAUAACUAGUUACUGUACUAGCCCUAGAAGGGGCAGUCCCUGUAUAAUCUAUACUAGUCCUAGAAGUGGCAUGUUCUGUAUAAUCUUUACUAGUCCUAGAAGGGGCAGUCCCUGUAUAAUCUUUACUAGUCCUAGAAGGGGCAGUCCCUGUAUAUAAUAUUUACUAGUCCUAAAUGUGGCAUAUCCUGUAUAAUCUGUACUAGUCCUAGAAGUGGCAUGUCCUGUAUAAUCUGUACUAGUCCUAGAAGGCAUGUCCUGUAUAAUCUUUACUAGUCCUAGAAGUGGCAUGCCUAAUAUUAUCUGUACUAGUCUUAGAAAUGGCAUGUCCUGUUUAAUCUGUACUAGUCCUACACAUGGCAAACUAUGUACAAUCUGCAUCAGUACUAGAAGUGGUAUGCUCCAUCUGCACCAGUUGUAGCAGUGACAUGUUCUGUAUAAACUUCACAUCUUUUGACAUUCGCUUCUAAAAAAAAAAAAAAGAGUUAAAAUAGUCCCAGAAGUUUCAAAUUGUGCGAAAGAUUGUGUAAUGACUUCAACACUAAAGGACAAACAGUAGAUAAUAGAUAAAGGAUUGAUAAUGGAAAAUGGGAGCAUGUGUAAUGACUUUUAGCAAAGUUUGAAGCAUAGUAUAUAGAGUGAAUUAUGUAAAAUGGGAAGGGUUAUUAUAUAUUGUUAAAUAUAAAAAUGAAUGUCAGUCUUGGUUGUGUAAGUAGUCUGUAAGAAAUCUGUAGCGCAUAAAUUCUGAAUUCCUCUCUUUAACCCCUUAAGGACACAUGACAUGUGUGACAUGUCAUGAUUCCCUUUUAUUCCAGAAGUUUGGUCCUUAAGGGGUUAAAUUGCUUCAACGGUACAAAUAAUCACAAGACAUACAGCAGUGUAAUUGCAGCUUUCCUACUGAUAAAUGUGUCUGUUCAGAACCAUGUGGUUUUAUGCAUGUUCUCUGUUACUGCAUAUCACAUUUUCUUAGUAAAAAGCUGUUCUCCCAUGUGGUUACUUUGGGUUUUUACGCUUAUAUGUAACAUCUUUCUGUAAUAUGUAAUUGCUUUCCACUUUUUUGUAAUGGACAGUUUGACAGGUCUUGGAUAACUUGUGAGUGCCAUUUUAUUCAUGAAACCGAUGAUCCCUUACAUGUAGGCUUUGAAGAACUCAUAAAUAAUUCCUUGUAGCCCUCUUAUGCUUCAUUGGAAUAUGACACAUUUUAUAUGCCUUUGUGGGAUUUGUGUUUGUGUCAAGGUCAUGAUUCACCCGUAGAAAUCUGACUUAAUUGACAUUUGAUAACCAAAAGGUUUUGAUUCCUGAGUUACUGGGUGAAAGUUAACAAGAAAAAAGUAAGUCACGGUACAAGAUUUAACUUUGAUCCAUUGUACAGCGCUACGGAAUUUGCUGGCGCUAUAUAAAUAAUAAAAUAAUUAUUAUAAUUAAGUAAUACAAAGUUGUAAAAUGCGUGAGCAAAAGAGGUGAGAUUGUUCUUGCCUUAUUGAAGGGAAAGGGCAAACUAUUCAGAUCUAGUUACAGCUAAUACUAUUGCCAUAGAUCCAGAGCCAGCUUACAACAUUUAACUCUUUUCAGACAUCCUAAGUCUCCCAGAGGUUCUGGGAGCCCCCCUGCAUUUUUUUUUUUGUUUUAAAUAGGUUUGUAAAAGAGAAUAUAACAUCAGUUUUGUCCUGCGCAGAGGACGCAAAGUAAACACAUUGGUGAUACCGUUCAGAGAGAAAUAAAGCAUCCAGUGAUAGGAAAAACUGAUGUAACUGCCUUAGAUGCUAAUUGGGAUAUUCAGUGAUCAAUUCACCUCUAUUGAUGAACGAGUAAACAUGCUGAGAUGUCACCUGCAAAAUCUGCCAUACCUGUAGUCUCCUGUAUUUUUAAUGCGGCUCUCUGACACCCGCAAAUCAUUUACAAUAUCCUGUGCGUGUAUCUCUGUGUUAAGGUGUUCAUACAUGUUUGGUGGCUGCGUGUCUGUGGGGGGGUGGGAGGGAGGGCAGUAGCUAUUGAAGCCACCUCCCUGAAAUACAUUUUUGUGUGUCGGGAUGUUGUAUCAAAGUGGAACAGUGUCAGGAAGAUUGUGUGUAAUUUCCUAGCACACAAACCGUCAUUGCAUCUCACUGUGCUCAAUUUGAGAGGGGGCUUACACAGGAUACAUACACAUAGGGUACCAGGACACAGGGAACAAUUAUCAAAUGGAUGCUGAGGAGUCCCUUGUUUUUUUUUCUCAAAUUGCUCUAAAAUGGUUUGACAUAAAAUGGGAGAUGGUACCAAACAAAUCAGAUCUCCAUACCUACUAUGAUUAGCUGAAGUGAUAAUGAUGCUUGGAGAGACGUAUUUAUAUGAUAACUCCAUUUAUCAUGUUAAUAGUAACUCAACUUGAAGGCAAUCUGUCACUUCCCUUUUUUAGUAUUAUGUUUACUUAUCCCUCUAUUUUGAAAAUAAUCUUUGCGAGGUGUGAAAACCAAAAAAAUGUAUUUAGAAAUCCACAAUGUUUUAUCCUGUAAGUGGGUGCCUCCAUCUUAGCUUCCUGUCAAUCAUUAUCAGCUCUGUCCUGGCAAUCAGCAUAAAGAAAGCAUAAAGAAAGCAUAAAGAGAAGAUGAGAAAUGAAACAAUGUUUUUAUUUCUCCUCCUCAUUUGCAAUGUUUGCCCUGGCUGUGCCUUGUCUGAGCUGUAUUAUUUUAUUUGCUAAAUCUAAAAUUAUUUAUGAAUUUAUAAGAAAAUAGCAUCUCGCCAAAUUUGAGAGAAAUAGGCCUUUUGUGAACAUGGAAAAAAGUCUUAGAUCUUUGAAUUCAGCUCAUGAAAAAUGGGGGCAAAAACAAAAGUUGCGUUUAUAAUUUUGUUCAGUAAAACAUGUUUGAUGAGCAUUUUUCUCUAGUUACAAGUGUGAUGAGGUUUGUUUGUGGCUUAGUUGUUAGCAAAAAAGGUCAAUGAUCAAAUCAUGUCUUUGUCUGCUCUAAACCCCCACCUCUUGGCAGUGCGUUAUCACAAAUAAAGGGACAUUUAUAAUCACUCAGACCACUUCAUCUCAGAGGUCUAGGUGCAGUGUCCAUAUCCCACUUAGUUCUGCUAUGUAAAUCAUUGCAGUUUUGGAAAAAACUGCAAUAAUUACAUUGCAGGACUAAGGCUGCCUCUAGUGGCUGACAAUCAUACAGGAGGAACUUCCUGCUUGCUAACUGACUUUAGGUUGUACGUUGGACGUACUCACUCUAUGCAUGAGGAUAUCCAGCGUCAGGGAAAUUCCCCUAGGAAAGCAUUGAAGCAAAUCCAGAAUUAUCUGUAGCGCCAAGGAUAACCAUCAGUAAACUUCAUUAUUGAGUUUACUUUUAUAGUUGUAAAAAUUAAUCUAUUAUUCAUUUAUUUAUAUUUUUAAAUUAUGAUAUAUAGUAAAAAGGUUGAAGAAAUACCCCAGUCCAUUAAAGGAUCAUUUAAAGCACCAUAACCACUACAGUCCCUGUAGUGUCUGUGGUGCCAUGAUUUCCCUGGCACUUUGCCUAGGUAACUUGUCAGUACGGUUAAAAUGGUUUGACAACUUACUUGGGUUCCUCUGGGCAACUAUUGCUUCCUCUGUAGAUACUAGAAGCUGCUCUGGGAGAAUACCAGGGCUAUCCUAACACCAUAACUAUUACAGUGGGCUGUACUGGUCAUAGAAUUUGGAUGGUUUUAUAAAGUCCAAACUUGGAUCAACAAUCUUUUUAUCCACAAGUGGAAGGCAUAUGCCUGAAAUUGUGGGAGGGGUUAUUUGCCCUAUUUAAACCCUGAAUACCCCCUGCCUACCUGUCAUCACCGUUUCAGAAGUGCUUCUGUUCUGCUUCCUGUUUGCAAAGACUCUGACAUCAUUUCUGCCUGCCGGCUGUCCGUGCAAACACAGCCAUCCAAGUUGUUCGAAUGAAAACAUUUUGGGGGCGUGGUUGCCUACCUAAUUGAAUACGGUAUUUAAAGAGAAACUAGGGAGAGACUCAUUGCCCUGUUGUGGUUCUUGUUUGACCCAAGAGCGCAUAUUCAUUAUUGGUAUUCUUUUAUUCUGACUUCGUUCCUAAAUUCUGGUAUCCCUGACCUCGGCUCGCUAUUUUAUUCUUUGUGUGUAGUGUUAGUCCGGCCAUCCUAAGGUCCAUUAUACAUUACUAGUAUUUGCAUUCUGCGUGUAGGAUCCCCGAACGUUCCUGACAUUGCAACAGGGCCUUAUGGAUCCGACAGGUGUAAAUACUCAGGUAGGCCCAUACGACAAACCUGUGCUCCCUCCGUGACUCCUCAAUAUGGAGGACUGGAGGUAGAUAUUGUAGGGGCCUUGUCCCAUGUCAAACCACCCCUAUGGUGGAGCAUCAGAAGCUUGUCAGGGUUUUUUAAACCAAAUAAGCAUCCCCUUUGAGCUCCAGCCACAAUCCUAUCUUACCGAUAGAGCCAAGGUAGGAUUUUGUUAUACAACCUCUGGUGUAUAAUUACGUUGCUUUCAUCAAAGCAUUUAGAUGUACUUUUGACCCUCCAGGUAGAAAGGCCAGUGCAGCCAGGUAUCUGCUCAGACUUAAGCAAGGAACCAGAACCUUGGUAGAUUAUGCUCUAGAAUUUCGGUCUCUAGCAUCGAAAUUGCUUGGAACAAUCAGGCAUUUGUUGAUGUGUUUCUUAAUGGUCUCCCUAAUGUUAUAGCUACUAGAGAUAUUCCAGAGAACCUUGAUGAAAUUAUAACAUAUAUAUCACUCAUAGACGAACGCCUGAGAUACAGACAAAAUACUAGAGAUAGACCUAGAAGAAAUUCUAUUUGUAUGGCACCUGUAUUGAAUAAUCCUAACUCUCACACUUGCUUUACAAGAAUCUAUGUAAGUAGGGGUGACUAGAAUAAGUGAAGCAGAGAGACAAUACAGAAGAAGGGACAAAGGGGUCAUCUUUGCCUUAAUUACCCUAACAGGUCGGAAAACUCUCACACCUAAGUCCACAAGGGGGACAGGUCUUGGGUGAUUCUUUUGUGUCUUCUACUAAUGCUCAUAAGGAGCACCGACUUCUGGCUCACAUUGUCUUAGCUUGGGACAAUAAGAGGGUUAAUACCUUGGAAUUAAUAGAUUCUAGCGCAGCUGAGAACUUUAUUGACCAGGAUUUUGCUUUCUAAGUUAAGAAAUAUGCCAUUAGCCGUUGAAGCCAUAGACGGUCGACCCCUCCAGGUACCUAUGAUCACGCAAGAAUCCAUUCCAGUUAUCCUAAUAAUGGGUGUGUUGCAUAAGGAGGUCUGUGUAUUCCAACACAUUACUUCUCCUACCUUCCCAGUAGUAUUAGGAUAUCCCUGGUUAAGGAAACACAACCCAUCUAUCAACUGAGAAAUUGUCUCUUGGGGUAAGAAUUGUCUGGAGAAUUGUAUCACCAAAUUACCUCCCAUUAGUCUUACUAAUGUACAUAAUAUAUCCACUUUGACCAACAAAAUACCUGAACAGUAUUUAACGGUGAAAUACGUUUUUGACCAAGGCAGAGCUGAAUUAUUACCACCUCAUAGACCAUAUGAUUGUGCCAUUAACUUGAUUCCUGGAACUAUACCCUCUUGGUGUGAAAGCGAAUCAGGUCUUAGAAGAAUAUAUUGAAGAAAACCUGAAAAAUAGUUUUAUUAGGAAGUCUUCUUCACCAGCUGGUGCAGGAUUUUUCUUUGUGUCAAAAAAGGAAGGGGAUCUCAGACCUUGCAUAGAUUACAGAGGAUUGAAUAGGAUUACUGUAUAUAAUUGUACAGAAUAAAGUGACUAGCGCACAUAAAUAGAUAUGUUUACCUUAAAAGAUAUCUAAUACAGGUUCUUUCUUAGAAGUUUAUUUUUUUGCCUAUAUUAAAUUGAACUAAUACAUAUAGUGUAAGCUGUAUUUAAACAAAUAUUAUAAAUAAGAGUUGUCGGCAAACUCACAAUUUUUAGAGCCUAUUAUAAAUUGGCUCUGGAUUUGUGGUGCAUUUCAUAUCACUUCUGGAGAUUUGUAAAUAGAAAUUCAGCAGUCACACCCACAGGAACUCGAUGGUUUAGUGCAGGCAUAGGCAACCUUCGGCACUCCAGAUGUUUUGGACUACACCUCCCAUGAUUCUUUGCCAGCAUUAUAGGUGUUAGAGCAUUAUGGGGGGUGUAGUCCACAACAAAUGCAGUGCCUAUCCCUGGUUUAGUGUAACAAAGAUUCCAGGGUCCAAGGUGGAAAUUCAAAGUAAAUAUUUUAUUUGACUUUAGUAAAAGUAUAAAGAAUAAUAAAAGCACAACGCGUUUCAACCUAUAUAAGGUCUUCCUCAGGUGCAGGUAUCUCAUAUACAGAAUACUGUAUGUAAUGCCUAUCCAAUACCCUUGAUAACUGAGUUAUUUGACAGGCUGAGAAGGGCUAAGAUUUUUACCAAGAUAGACUUGAGAAGUGCUUACAAUCUUAUUAGAAUCCGUAUAAAUGAUGAAUGGAAGAUCGCCUUUAACACCAGAUAUGGGCAUUCCGAAUACACGGUUCUGUCUUUCAGAUUAUGUAAUGCCCUUUUUGCUGUUUGUGGUCUUCCAAGACCUAAUUAAUGACGUACAGGGAGUGCAGAAUUAUUAGGCAAGUUGUAUUUUUGAGGAUUAAUUUUAUUAUUGAACAACAACCAUGUUCUCAAUGAACCCAAAAAACUCAUUAAUAUCAAAGCUGAAUAUUUUUGGAAGUAGUUUUUAGUUUGUUUUUAGUUAUAGCUAUGUUAGGGGGAUAUCUGUGUGUGCAGGUGACUAUUACUGUGCAUAAUUAUUAGGCAACUUAACAAAAAACAAAUAUAUACCCAUUUCAAUUAUUUAUUAUUACCAGUGAAACCAAUAUAACAUCUCAACAUUCACAAAUAUACAUUUCUGACAUUCAAAAACAAAACAAAAACAAAUCAGUGACCAAUAUAGCCACCUUUCUUUGCAAGGACACUCAAAAGCCUGCCAUCCAUGGAUUCUGUCAGUGUUUUGAUCUGUUCACCAUCAACAUUGCGUGCAGCAGCAACCACAGCCUCCCAGACACUGUUCAGAGAGGUGUACUGUUUUCCCUCCUUGUAAAUCUCACAUUUGAUGAUGGACCACAGGUUCUCAAUGGGGUUCAGAUCAGGUGAACAAGGAGGCCAUGUCAUUAGAUUUUCUUCUUUUAUACCCUUUCUUGCCAGCCACGCUGUGGAGUACUUGGACGCGUGUGAUGGAGCAUUGUCCUGCAUGAAAAUCAUGUUUUUCUUGAAGGAUGCAGACUUCUUCCUGUACCACUGCUUGAAGAAGGUGUCUUCCAGGAACUGGCAGUAGGACUGGGAGUUGAGCUUGACUCCAUCCUCAACCCGAAAAGGCCCCACAAGCUCAUCUUUGAUGAUACCAGCCCAAACCAGUACUCCACCUCCACCUUGCUGGCGUCUGAGUCGGACUGGAGCUCUCUGCCCUUUACCAAUCCAGCCACGGGCCCAUCCAUCUGGCCCAUCAAGACUCACUCUCAUUUCAUCGGUCCAUAAAACCUUAGAAAAAUCAGUCUUGAGAUAUUUCUUGGCCCAGUCUUGACAUUUCAGCUUGUGUGUCUUGUUCAGUGGUGGUCGUCUUUCAGCCUUUCUUACCUUGGUCAUGUCUCUGAGUAUUGCACACCUUGUGCUUUUGGGCACUCCAGUGAUGUUGCAGCUCUGAAAUAUGGCCAAACUGGUGGCAAGUGGCAUCGUGGCAGCUGCACGCUUGACUUUUCUCAGUUCAUGGGCAGUUAUUUUGCGCCUUGGUUUUUCCACACGCUUCUUGCGACCCUGUUGACUAUUUUGAAUGAAACGCUUGAUUGUUCGAUGAUCACGCUUCAGAAGCUUUGCAAUUUUAAGAGUGCUGCAUCCCUCUGCAAGAUAUCUCACUAUUUUUGACUUUUCUGAGCCUGUCAAGUCCUUCUUUUGACCCAUUUUGCCAAAGGAAAGGAAGUUGCCUAAUAAUUAUGCACACCUGAUAUAGGGUGUUGAUGUCAUUAGACCACACCCCUUCUCAUUACAGAGAUGCACAUCACCUAAUAUGCUUAAUUGGUAGUAGGCUUUCGAGCCUAUACAGCUUGGAGUAAGACAACAUGCAUAAAGAGGAUGAUGUGGUCAAAAUACUCAUUUGCCUAAUAAUUCUGCACUCCCUGUAUUACGUGACUUCCAGCAAGAGUGUGUGAUGGUGUAUCCUAAUAUACUCAAAGGAUAAAGAAACACAUAAACAGAUUAACGAAGUAGUGUCUUGAAUUUUACAACAUAUUCUAUUUUGUAAGUUAGAGAAAUGUCUUUUUGACCAAACUGAAAUUUGUUUUCUGGGUUAUGUAAUCUCGGAGACAGGAUUCGCUAUGGAUCCCAGUAAGUUGGACUCCAUACUCAAAUGGCCACUACCUAAUGGCCUUAAAGCAAUUCAAACAUUUAUUGGUUUCUGAAACUACUAUUGACGAUUCAUCAAGGGGUUUACGUCCAUAGUAGCACCCAUAACGAAUCUGACUAAAAACUGUAAAAAUCACAAAAAAUGGUCUGAUGAAGCUCUUCAGGCAUUUGUAGAUCUCAAAAGGUCCUUUUCUUCCGCCCCAAUACUAGUCCAUCCUGAUCUGAAAGGAGGUAUGAUAUUGAAGAUAGGGAAUUCCUUGCUAUUAUUUUGGCAUUGAAGGAAUGGCGCCAUCUAUUAGAAGGUACUCCAACUCCAAUAACUAUACUUACAGACCACAAGAACCUCUCCUAUAUUGGAGAGGCCAAACAUCUCUCUGCCAGACAAGCUUGUUGGUCUCUUUUUUUGACCAGGUUUAACUAUGUGCUAACACAUAGACCUGGGUCAAAAAACUCCAAGGCUGAUGCGUUGUCCAGCCAGUUAAAACCUCUUGCAUGUCCUGGGACCAGUAUGACUUCUAUAGUUCCUCAGCAAAGUAUUAUUGCUAAUACUAGAAUAAAUAUACAGACUCCACUGGCUUUGGACAUUUAUUCCAAACAAAACCUUGCUCCUAAGAAUCUUCCUAAGGGGAAGAUCUACGUUCCUCCUGAACACUAGAAACAGUUAUUGUUUUGUUUCCUUGAUAGUAAAAUCGCAGGUCACUUAGGUAUAUGCAAAACCUUCAAUUUGAUUUCAAAGAAAUACUGGUGGUCGACUAUGCAUAAAAACAUCACGGAUUAUGUUUCCACUUGCUGCAUAUGUAACAGAACCAAACUGUCUCAUACUCUCCUUUGUGGGUUACUGCAACCUAUCGACAUACCCAAUAAACCUUGGGCAAGCAUUGCCAUGGAUUUCAUAGUUGAAUUGCCUAUGUCUGAGAGAAUUACUGUAAUUCUAACAGUAGUAGACAGAUUCACGAAAAUGACACACUUCAUUCCAUUACCUAAGUUGCCUUCCUCUCCGGAAUUGGCUAAAGUCUUUGCUAAAGAGGUAUUCCGUAUACAUGGUAUACUCCAAGAAAUUAUCUCUGACAGAGGUUCUCAAUUUGUGUCCAAAUUAUGGAGAGCAUUUUUUGUUCAGAGAUGGACAUUUCACUUAAAUUCUCGUCUACCUAUUAUCCUCAAACUAACAGAGCAGCAGAAAGAGAAAGGUCUAAUCAGAGAGUAGAACAAUAUUUACGUUGUUUUGUCUCUGCUCACCAAGAUGAUUGGGUUGGCUUGCUUCCUUGGGCUGAGUUUGCUCUAAAUAAUGUGAUUUAUGAUGUGACUCAACAAACUAUGGUUUUCACCCUGUGGUCAAUAAUUGCAAGCCCAUGAAUCGUCUCUUGAUAAAAAGCAUGCAGAUAGGCGUAGACUUGAUGCCCCUGUAUAUUACCCGGGUGAUAAGGUCUGGUUGAGUACUAAAUAUAUCCGCCUUAACCCCUUACUGACACAUGACGGAAAUAUUCCGUCAUGAUUCCCUUUUAUUCCAGAAGUUGUGUCCUUAAGGGGUUAAAGUCCCGUCUAUGAAAUUUGCACAGAGAUUCAUUGGUCCAUAUAAGGUCAACCCUGUGGCGUAUUGUAUUGAAUUGCCUCACUCCUUUCGCAUCCCCAAUGUUUUCCACGUAUCCUUAUUGGAACCAUGUAACAUGUUCACUAGUCCUGUGGCACCCCCUUCUCCGGUUCAGGUUUAGGACCAGGAGGAAUUUGAGGUCAGUGCUAUCCUGGACUCCUGGAUUUUUAGGGGUACUGUCAAUAUUUGGUGGACUGGAAGGGAAUACGGUCCUGAGGACAGGUCCUGGGUGACUGGUUUUGACAUUAAUGCUCCCCGCUUGGUCCGUUCAUUCCACUCUAUGUUUCCAAACCACCCUGGCUCUUCCUGCCCUGUGGUCAGUCCUCGAGGGGGGGUACUGUUAGGUUACCUUGUGUAUCAGUCAGGGGGAUGUCACAGGCUGGCAUCACAUUGCAGGGUAUUGGGGACACUCCUACCAACUUUCAGCUUGUCCCCAGCACUUCUCACGCCAGCCGCGAUAACCCUGCCUCAGUUUAUGAUGCGGCUAAUGAGCGCCAACGUCAUGAUGCUAAGAACACCACGGCCCGCCAAGAUGUUCUAACAAGAACAUUUUGGGGGGCGUGGUUACCUACCUAAUUGAACACGGUAGUUAAAGAGAAACCAGGGAGAGACUCAUUGCCCUGUUGUGGGUUCUUGUUUGACCCAAUAGCGCGUAUUUCGUAUUUGUAUACUUGUAUUCUGACUUUGGCUUUGUUUGACUAUUCUUUGUGUGUAGUGUUAGUCCACCCUUCUUAAGGUCCGGAAUACAUUAAUAGUAUUUGCAUUCUGCGUGUAGGAUCCCUGAACAUUCCUGACACAGGUCUAACCUCUGGUUUCGGCACACCUCAACCGACUUUUGUUCUUACCAAACUACAUACUUUUAAUUAUAUGUUCUAUCAUAACCCAUACAUAAGUGGAAGGCAUAUGCCCAGUAACCCCCAAUAACUCCUGCUUACCAGUCGUCACCGUUUCAGAAGUUCCCCUCCCACCUCACCCUUUAUUAUUCAUAUUAAUAUACCAGGUGGGCCCUCUUUAUUGCAGGUCUAACCUCUUGUCGGUUUUGGCACACCUCAACCGACUUUUGUUCUUAUCAAACUACAUACUUUUUAUUAUACAUUCUAUCAUUACUCUGCACACAAAUAUUACUUAUAUCUUGUUUAUCUUUAUUAUGCAGGGAAAGCAUAAUUCUUACUUUGGAGUCAAAAAUAAUUGUUUUGCAUUCUUUUUAAUGUAUUCUAUGAAUAAUUAAAUGAAUAGAGGGUCUGCCUCCCCCCCCGUAGUUUCCCUUUAACCCCUUAAGGACACAUGACAUGUGUGACAUGUCAUGAUUCCCAUUUAUUCCAGAAGUUUGGUCCUUAAGGGGUUAACGAUAUACCAUGGCACAAUAACUACUUCAAGUGAAGAUCUCCAGAGAGAUUCAACAGAGUAUCAAGAUAAAUGUAUAACCUCAUAAAUACAGCAAAGUGCAUAUUGAAUUUUUGUUCCUUAACUUUGUUGAUAUAGUUGCUUGGAUAUUAACUGUGUAUCUGUAUUCAUUCCCAUUGCUCUGUGUUUAUGAAGCGCAAUACGAAUGCAAAGUUCUAAUUGUGGACUAAUCAUCAUAGAAAUCAAUCAAGAAUGGUGCUCGCUGGUGGACGUCAUUCUAAAAUGGUUACAUGGGUGGACUACAGCAUGCUAUAGUGGUCAUGGUGCUGGAAGUUUUCUUUUAAUAUCUUAUAGUAUUUCAUAAAAGUUAUAUUUUAAUGUAAAACAUUUCAGUUCUGUGUUAAUGUGAUCCACAAUAUUUGCUUAUUUUUAUCUGUAGGUUGAAGGAGCAGCUUAUCUUGGUUCUUUUGUAUGGAAAUCUCAAAAACUGGGUCUGUGGAGUAGAUCAAGGGGAGAGAAUCUACUCGAUGGGGGAGCUCCUUUUUAUUGCACAUACAAAACUUUGGAUGGAAAGUAUAUGGCAGUGGGUGCUCUUGAACCACAAUUCUACAAGGAACUGUUGAAUGGUAAGUUGUAAUAAUCUAAUUUAUAUUUCAGUCAGUAUAGAUAUCAGAUACGGGUCCUUGGUUUGUGGCCACACAAUCCUAUACACUCAUUAGCUUUCCAUAUAUGGUCUCACUAUUCAUACCACCUCCAUUCACACAGCAUCAUGUGUAGCAAAAAUGAAACCCUGAGCAAUAUUCAGACCCAGUUUCUUCUUAGGUCAUGUCUCCACCAUUAUCUGCUACCCCAGGCCAGUCCUGAGAAGCGUGAUAGCAGAAUCUUGCUUGCUGUAUUUUAAUAGCCUGCUCAUGCACUUACUAAAUUCAUUUUAUUGGACACUUGACCUGUUGUAGCUUGAAAGUAGUCAAUUACAUCUGUUGGUGACUUCAGUCAAUUACAUAUACAGAUCUCUUCUUUUUCUCUCUCUCUCUCUCUCUCUCGCUCUCUCUUCUUUCUCUCUCUCUACAGUGUCCCUUUAAGAAUUCUAUGUUUUGUUGUUGAAAAUAAAGUUUUGUAGUUUAGAAAACAACAAACAAAACUGGCUCCUAACUUUUUUAGCUGGUCUAGAUUAAAGCAUAUUGGAGGUAGCAUCUUUAUAGGUGGGCUACUAAUUGCUGCCAUCUUACUUGUGCGGACUUCAAUGGAAAUAUUGGUGUACUAUAUGAAAUUUGAUAUAUAUGAAAGUCAUGCUUUAGUGUCCCUUUUAAACACACGUUUAGCUUUGUCAAAAGUGAAUUACUCUGUAUGUUUAUUUGGGCCAGUUUGUCCUUGAGUAAUUAAACAAGACCAGCAUUUCCUAAUUGGUGUUCCUCUGUGAAUUGCCAUAUCCAAGAUGGCCGCCGCUCCCUUCUGUUCCUGUAAGGUCGAACAUAGCAGAGACCACGUGGCCACGAUCUUAUUAGUAUGGUUUUUUUGUUGUUGUUGUUUUUUUUUUUUUUUUUUGACUGUUUUAAAAGUCUGCAGCUGAAGACAAGUUACUUUAGUUGGGCUUCUCGUACUUUUUUUUUUGUUAAACUUAUUUACAAAUAUUUUAUUUUAAAAUUUACAGUCUGAUUACUAUCUGUAUAAAUCAGUGAUAUACCAAAAAAACGACAUUGCUUCUGAUAGCAUGGAAGCAUUCAAAGCCACUGUUAGGUGCUCAACUCACAAUAUUGGCCACAGGAGAAGCUAUUUCUUAUACUGCCAUUUAGAGAUUACUGCCAGUCCUUACAUUGGCUUCCUGUAUGCUAUAGGAGUCAAUUCCAGGUACUAAUUCACACCUUUAAAGCACUGAACAACUCUAUCCCCUCUUAUAUCUCCUCACAGAUCCAUAGGUAUGUCCCUUCUCGGUCUCUCCGCUCUGCCCGUGACCACCUCCUGUCCUCACGCUUGCAGGACUUCUUGUGGGUGGCUCCCUUCCUAUGGAAUAGCCUGCCUACCGCCAUCAGACUCUCCCCUAGUCUUGCAUCUUUUAAGAAGUGCCUUAAAACCCAUCUCUUUAGGAAACCUUAUGGCCUCCCAGAGUAACCUCUACCUCACAUACCUGUCUCUUGCUCUCUCCUAAAGGGCAGCCCAUCUUAUUUGACUGCAAAUUCCUGUCCUAAUGUGUUUUACACCCCACCUCCUAUAGAAUGUAAGCUUGAUUUGAGCAGGGUCCUCUUCAACCUAUUGUUCCCAUAAGUUUAUUUGUAAUUGUCCUAUUUAUAAUUAAAUCCACCUCUCAUAAUAUUGUAAAGCGCUACGGAAUCUGUUGGCGCUAUAUAAAUGGCAAUAAUAAUAAUACUGCCCUUUAGAUUAGUGCCCAUUGUGGCAUAUGAGGAUAGGUUUAUUUAUUUUUAUUGUUAUGUAGAGACUGUUAAAAGUCUGCAGCUGAAAACAAGUUAUUCAAGUUAGGUUGUGCUUUUCACAUUUUUAUUUAUUUACCUUUAAUUUUAUUUAAAAUAUAAUUAUAUAUAUAUAUAUAUAUAUAUAUAUAUAUAUAUAUAUAUAUAUAUAUAUAUAAUUAUAUUGUGACCGAAAGCAAGGAAUUGUGCUGGAGGGAAUCUAUAUAUAUCUCCCCCAAAUUUUGCAAGGUUCCUACUUUGUGUAAUUAGCCCCAAGGAAAUGUGUUAUGUUAAAAUGAAUAUUGCACUUUAAAUAUGUGUAUUUUUGGGCCCUGGGGUGGAGCACUUGGAGAGUAGGGUGGGCCUGUGCUCCACUCCACAUUUUGGAAGUUGCUUGGAACUUACAGGUGAGAAGUCCAGUUCCAGAGUUUCAAUCCUAGCCAUCCAACCCAGUUAGCUAAUUAUUUUGUUUAGUUCAGUGGUAGUCAAACCUUUUCUACCUACCGCCCACUAAUGCAUCUUUUUGGUUGAAAAAAUGUCCUUACUGCCCACCAGUUUUCGCGCAAGUGCAGAAUAUUUUUUCGAAAGGAGUGUGUUUUAAAAAAAAGAAAUGUACGUACAUUUAUCUUUUUAUAUCUACUUAAUGCAUGUUUAUAAUGUUUUUAACUUUAUAAAGUUUAAUGAGAAAACAAUAAAGUAAAUUGAAAUUACCUUUACUAGUGAUUAAUGAGAUCCUUGAGGUUGAUGCUGCAAGACUAAAUAUUUGAUAUCUGGUUCGAUUUUCGUAAGGAACAAACGAAGGUCUCCUCUUUCGGUGAUAUUCAGACGAUUUCUCUGUUUGCGCAUAAUAUGAUUUCUCAUCUGUGCGUCAGCUCCCCUCCUCUUUUCCCCUCCACACCUUUUUUUUCCUUUUUAAAAAAUUUUUUUUUUACCUUCCUUAUAGCAAUGCCCAGUAGGAAGGCUGAAAUAGGUAUCCCACUUACUAUUACUUACUAUAGCCCACUAUAACAGACAGGCACACAUAUAUACAUACAGACACACACAUAAGACAUACAUACAAAGACACAUACACACAUAUAUACUGACAGACACAUACAUAAGACACACAUACAUAUAUAUAUAUAUAUAUAUAUAUAUAUACAGACACACUCAAGACAUACAUACAAAGACACAUACACAAACAAACACACAAAAUAUUUUAGUCACCCUCCUGUUUCCUACCUUUUAGGUGCAGGAGGGUGACUUUCCCUGGGGUCCAGUGGUGGCUCAGGUGGAUGGGAGUCAGAGUUCCCACUCUGACUUCCUCCUUCUUUCUCCCGCGCGGUCUGUGUGUUAGCUGGGAGGAGUGACGUGUAGUCACUUCCUCCCAGCUCUGUGAUGUAAUCACAGGGGGCCUGGUCGCGCUGUUAAAGCGCCCAGCGCUGACCGGGCCCCCUUACAAUCCACAUCCAACGUGUGGCCAUGACAGCAUGGGCCACCUGAUGGACCCCUCCAUAUGCGGCCCCGGCGGUUUGCCGGGCGGGCCGGGGCCGCAAGUGGUGAUGGCGGUACCCGGUUGCAGGGGUACCACCGGCUUGCACCUGCCCACCUAAUCUCUCAAAAUUAGAAAAUCCCUAAAGGCCGACCUGGAAUCCUGAAUCGCCCACUAGUGGGCAGUAGGGACCAGGUUGACGACCCAUGGUUUAGUUAGUGCUCAGAAGAGCAAGGAUUUUGUUUUAUAUAUUUUGUUACAACCUUUUAUACCUUACUGUUCAUUUAUUUUGGAACCACAAUAAAAAGAGCAAGUCCUUUUUACCUCAUCCAGCGUGUGAAGUGUCUCUAAAGCCUGAAAAGACUGUGUGUAACACCCCAAUCCCAGGACAAGGUACCAAGGGAAAGGAGUACUUUUGUCACUAUAUAUAUAUAUAUAUAUAUAUAUAUAUAUAUAUAUAUAUAUAUAUAUAUAUAUAUAUAUAUAUAUAUAUAUCUAUCUCUAUCUCUAUCUCUCUCAAUAAAUUAAUGAAACCAAAGAUGGCUAGGGCUGCAUUCACAUGAACAUGCAUACAUUAUAGGGUGCAGCUUGUGCCAAUUUAUACAAAGUACACAAUCCAGCGCACUUGCUCAUUUACCAAACAGCGAUUUCAAGUCUCACAGAGUGUAAUAGUUUUAUUUUAAAAACACCUCACCUAGGCAAAAAAAUAAUGGGGGUUUUCACUACAGUAUAUCAUCAUAUAUUGCAUAAGCAUGACACAAUGUCAAUGUACCCCAUUCUUGGAAGGUCCUAUCCAAUGAGUGAUGAGAUUAAUCCACUUACUUGGGGAAUUCUUCCUUACUGGGACUAUCUGCAGGUUAAGGCUACAUAGAGCCCUUGAAUGAGGCACCUGUGACAGGGAGAGGUGCAAAACCAAAAAGUUGACCUGGACUUCCAAAUAUAUAAAUGAAUGAAACCAUUUUUCUUUCUGUCAUAUGGUGGCAGUACAUGUGGGUUUUGCUCCUUUCCUGUGGACAAGCAUCUAACAAGAUUAAUUAAAUCCACAAACCCCUCCCCUUGCCCUAUAAAAGUGCUAUCCGGCAAAACCUACCUCAGUUUCCUUUCUUGUCCCGAGAGGGAAGAACACAGCAUCUGGAGGGUGAGACACACAGGUUGCUGGUCUGGGGGAAUCAGGUCCUAGAGCUGCCCGGGCGGUUAGCUGAGAGACCAUGCUCCUUCCGUUAUGGUUACGGAGCAAGUGGAUACGUUGCCUUUUAUGCCGAGGGGGUUCCGGCGAGUACUUCCUGGAGGCGGUCUUGAGGCACAGGUACAACUGAUGGAAGCCUGCGCACAGCGGUGGAACGCACGCCCGGGAGGUAAUGCGUUCCACCAAAAGUUCUGGUGGCGCAAAUACGCAUGCGCAUACCAAAAUUUUUUUAUUUUUUUUUUUAAAGCCGCAGAAUUUGAUGCUCGGCGUAGAUGAAGCUGUGCAGUACCCACUGACAGCAUGGAUGCUUGCCAGAAGUGGUACGCCGUGUCACCAGCUCCCCACAUGGCUCAGAGGCAUUUUGAGGUAAGAUUAAUUAAUCUUUCCUUCAAAAUGAUCUCUGUAAAAGUUUAUACACUUAAUUUACAUAUGAAGUUACGAGGAAAAGAAGAGGAUGGAGAUAACAAGCUUUUAUUUCAGGAUGGGUAAUGUUUUGGACCGCUUUCCCUAUAGUGAAAGUUUCAUAAUUUAAACCCUAUUGGAUAUAGGGCUGAUAUCACCUGCAAUGACACAGUGUGUGUCCGCUAUAUGCUCUAUGACGAGUUACAGGGAGCAGUAUAUGUACCCACUAUAUGCUCUAUGACGAGUUACUGGGAGCAGUAUAUGUACCCACUAUAUGCUCUAUGACGAGUUACUGGGAGCAGUAUAUGUACCCACCCACUAUAUGCUCUGUCGAGUUGCUGUGAGCAGUAUAUGUACCCACUAUAUGCUCUAUGAAGGGUGGCUGGGAAGACUCAGCUUCAGUAUAUGUAUCCACUAUAUGCUCUGUGUAUGAGUUUCUAUGAUGGCUCAGUCUCAGUAUGUGUACACACUAUAGGCUCUGAGUUUUUAUGAGGACAAAACCUCUAUAGAUGUAUCCACUAUAUGCUCUAUGACACGUUGAUAUGUAUCCACCUAAUGCGCUAUGUAUAGUUUCUAUGAGGACUCAGCCUCAGUAGAUGUACCCACUAUAUGCUCUAUGACGAGUUGAAGUGUGUACUCCGCUUCAGUAUUUGUAUUCACUAUAUGCGCUAUUAAUGCGUUUUUAUGAGAACUCAGCCUCCGUAUAUGCUCUAUUUAGGAGUUACUGUGAGGACUCAGCCUCAGUAUAUGUAUCCACUAUUUGCUAUGAGUAUUAUGAGGACUCAGCCUCUGUAUAUGUAUCCACUAUAUAAUCUGUCGAGUUGAUGUGAGGACUCCGCUUCAGUAUUUGUAACCACUAUAGGUGAUAUGUAUGAGUUACUAGGAGGACUCAGCCUCAUUAUUUGUACCCAUGAUUUGCUCUAUGUAUGUGUUAUUAUGAGGACACAGCCUCCGUAUAUGUAUCCACUAUAUGCUCUAUGACGAGUUGAUGUGAGGACUUUGCUUCAGUAGAAGUAUCCUCAAUAUGCUUUAUGUAUGAGGUACUGGGAAGACAGGGCCUCAGUAUAUGCCUUCAAUAGAUACUCUAUGGAUGAGUUACCAGGAGGUUACUGCCUCAGUUUAUGUAUCCUCAUUAGGCUGUAUAUAGGAGCUUCUGUGAGGACGCCGGCUCUGUAUAUGUAUCCACAGGAGCUGCGUAACCUUGGUAUAUAGCAUAGGUUGUCUAGGUAUGCUUUCUGUUUGAACAGAUUCAAUAUGUGACUGAUAUCUCUGGCAUUUUGGAUGGUUAAGAGACCCCCACAAGAUAUGUGAUUUCAGACAGCUUUACUAGCAGGAGCUGCCAUAACCAGAGAUAUUGGUUUGUUUGUUUUUUCCUUUUUUUGCUCAACGCACUGCAGAACAUAAUUCCUGGAGAAAGGAUUAACCUCUGCCCCAAUCUUUCCAGAAUUUGCAGUUGUCUAAUGAAAAUCCCCUUUUCUCUUUAUGAUUGCGAAUGUUUGGUAGUUUUAUGGUGGAGAUCUUAGACGACUGAUACCGCAUCAAAAUUGAUCCUUUGUGAGCUUCCCUUGGGUAAUCAGAAUAUGUUUGGGUCUCACUUGAAGAAAAUCCAACACAAUUUAGAGACUAAGAAAAUACUGAGCAAAUUCCGAUAAAUUGAAACAGGAGAGUAUAGAGUGUUGCCUCGGUACUUUCUAAAGAAAGUAAAGUUGUGUAAAUAUAGGCGAUUAUUUAUUUUUUGGGGAGAUCAGACGGAGGAAACAGAGGGAAACAUUUGACGCCGACGAUUCUAUCAGCAAUCCAUAGAUUCUAUUUCUUAUUCAAAAAGAGUCCCUAGAUCUCGUGAACAAGUCAAACAUAUUGUUGGUUUUCUCUCCCCUAUCAUAGAAGAAAGGGAGUUGGUAGUAGCGGAUCCGUUUUUUGAAUUAGAUAGAGUUCCUUUCAGGAGGAUUGUCUUCCGUCUAAAGACCUUGUUGGGGAUCACUAUCUAGUCCCCAUCAUUUUUCGUGGUAAUGGUUAAAGGGACACCAUAGGAUCUACUUCAUUUCAUUAAGCUGGUUAUAGUGUCUGGAGUCCUCUGGUACCAUAAUUUAUUUCAGCAUUAAACAGUUUUUAAACUUUUAAUGUUUUAAUGCUAAACAAGAGUCCCUUGCAAUCCUGUGCUGCUUUGGCUAAUAAGGAAGUAUUAGCCUGAGCAGCAAUAGGCAGCUGUGAUUGGCUGAGAGUGUCAGCUGACUGCUUUUAGCCUGUCAGAGCUCCAACUGACGGUAUGAAUGGGUAUGACAACAAGGAAGUGUGUAAUCUCUGCCUUAGCUACACUUACUGAAGGGGCCGGACUGUGGGUGGCCAGGGACUCUUAUUUUGUGGCAUACAGCACGAACAUGGUGCAACAUUGAAUGGAGGGACAGUGCCAGGGCACUCCAGGCACUAUAACCAAUUCAAAGAGAUGAAAUGCUUAUAGUGACUACAGUGUCCCUUUAAGGGAGAAAUAGCAGAUUUCGGGGGUUUAAAGCUGUGCUUCCGCCCUUCACCUCUUCAGUCUGUGGAUACGGCGGAAGGCUGUAAAGAUUCAUUCGGACACUUGUACAAAGGUUUGAUAUGUCAACCGGCAGGGAGGAACCAGAGUAGGUGCUCUUUCUCGCCUGCAUGCGGUUAUCUUGCUGAGGUGCAUAAUUAUCUAGUAGAUAUUUCGGCAGUUCUAAUCAGAGGGAUUGACAAUGACAUAGCUGUCGAGCUCAGAAAGGGAAAUUGGAAUGAAAAAGUUUGGUCCUUAGGUCCAUGUAAUUUGACAGUCUGGAGAGGAAAUUUGGUGUUCCAGACAUGGCCCUGGUGGCAAACAUUUCAAUAACAAGGUUCCCCAAGUCACCUCCCUGUUCAGAGCAGGUCCCUCGGUGAUAGAUAACGCUCAUUGUAAUAUAAUGUCAGGUUGGCAUGUCUCUUUCUUCCGCUUACGCUAUUUCCAAGUUGUCUUCGAAAAUUAGGGCUGUCGGAGCCUUAUCCUGGUUCUUAUUCCAUUCUGGCCAUACAAGGUUCUGAUUCCGUACUUUCAAAAGAUGGCCUCCACACAGUGGUAACUUCCAAGCUCGAACGAUCUCAUGAUGAAUAGGAAUCUACCCUAUUGGUUCUGUAGAGGUUCAGGUUAAUGGCCUGGCUACUGCUAGGUUACUUCUUCAUCAUCUAGGUCUGCAAGAAGAUAGAUUCGGCUGUGUAGCUUGAUCAACUAUAUUUCCUGCUUAAAAGGUCUACUUUCUAAUAAGGGUCAGGUUUUUUUAUUGGUGUUGGGAACACCACUGCCUGUGUGUUCAUCCGCCUGUAGAACCAUGCUUUAAUGUCUUCAGGAUUUUGUUCUGCAGGCUUCGUGUUUUCUGCUUUGAGGUUCAGGCCUCAAUCCUGAGAAUCCUGCUGAAAUAAGAUUUUGCAUCCAUAUGUUAAACUUAAGGUUUUUUUGUAAUCUGCCAGGUCCAGACAUCCUCCUAGAGUUCUGUUUUUUUCCUUCCUGGGAUUUAUCCUUGAAUUUUACUAGCUCUUGGUAACACUCUUUCGAUCCUGUGAAAAGGUUUCCCUUACAAGUUUUGUUCCUCUAGGCCACCUUCUUGGGGGCCAUCAUAUCGGAUAGAAGGUUCAAGUGAGCUUCAGUCAUUUUCAUCCCCAGAUUAUUUUUUUCAGUAUUGCUCGUGGACACGGUGGUUCUUCACACUAAACCUUUCUUUUUUUCCUACGGGUUUGUACUACGAGUCACCGUUUGUUUCUGCUUUCCUUUUGGUGGUUGUGCCAUCUCGCCUCGGGGGCUUAAAUAGUUUUUUUCUUGUAUCUUAAAGGAGCAUUGCAAGAUCUCUCUUCCUAGGACUGAAUAGCCUCAGGGGCAGUAAGAGCUCUUGUUUCUUCCAGUGGACAUCUGUGAGGCACCGUCUUGGGGCUGCCUUUCCACUUUUUCAUUAAACUCUACAGGCUAGAGAUAUUCUCAUCCUCUGAAACGGCCUUUGGGCGUAAAGGUUGCGACCUAGGGUGACAUUGGACCCGCCCGGGUUAGGGAUCUUGCUAAAUCCCACAUGUACUGCCACCAUGUGACAGAAAAAAAUGAAUUUUUUACUUACUGUAAAUUCUUUUUUCUUAAUAUGGUGGCAGUACAGCUUCCCUCCCUCUAUAUUAUAUUUUCUUGAUUACAGUAUAAGUUUUAUCUGUAGUUUUUCUUGCUACUUACUGAGGUAGGUUUUGCCGGACAGCCUUUUUAUAGGGCAAGGGGGGUUGUUGAUUUAAUUAAUCUUGUUAGAUGCUUGUCCACUGAAAAGGAGCAAAACCUACAUGUACUGCCACCAUAUUAAAAAAAAAAAAAAAAAAAAAUUUAUGGUAAGUAAAAAUUUCUGUUUUUUUUAUUUAAAAAUUCUAAUGAAAAAAUCCACUCAUUAAAAGAUAGGUCCUACGGCGCAAACAUUUUUGGGGGGGUUCCACGAUAUUGGUAUACCAUGUCAAAGGGUUCCACGGGAAAAAUUAAUUGAGAACUAACACAACCAAAAAUGUUUCAAAUUGUCAUUAGGCUGGCGGCAGUUCUAAACUUGAUUUAAUUAAGAGUAAGCUGUAUACUCUUCUAUGCCCAGUGAAAAUAAGGGAUUAUAUGUAAAGUUUCACAGAGGAUCGAUAAUAUGACAUUACCUCUCUUUCCUCUAGAUAAUGUUCUUGCACAAUAUGUUAUGUAAGUAGCUCAGUGCUGGAAAAUGUUAAGCCCUGUGAAUGUUAAAGUACAUUAACUUGAAACUCAACACUAGAAAAAUAGAUGCUUACAGGUAAAUAAUUAUUUAAAAUCUCUGCUGUUUUCCUUGCUCUGAAUUUCAUGUGGUAAAUUGGAUUUAAUUUUCCAUGUACUGUGCAAUAUAUUUAAUUCCUUCUAUUAAUAUGCACUGUAUUGUUGCUUAAUAGUCAGACCGAAUACUAAUACUUUUUAAUAUAAGUAAAUUGUGAGGAAAUUGCUUCCACCUCUUACACCAUGGGAUAGAAAACAAAACUUUAAAGGAACACUAUAGGGCCAGGAACUGACUCCUGACUCUAUAGUGUUAAACCCACCAUCUAGCCCCUCAUGCCUCCCUAAAUAUAGCAAAAUCUUACUUGUAUUCAAGCCUGAAGCUGUAGCUCUGCAUGCUGUUUGCCUAGAAAUAGCAAGCUGUCUGCUGACAUCAUCAGAAGUGGUGGCCUGAUCCAAUCACAGUGCUUCCCCAUAGGAUUGGCUGAGACUGACAGAGGCAGAUCAGGGGCAGAGCCAGCACAGUUCAAACACAGCCCUGGCCAAUCAGCAUCUCCUCAUAGAGAUUAAUUGAAUCAAUGAAUCUCAAUGAGGAAAUUCCAGUGUCUGCAUGCAGAGAGAGGAGAUACUGAAUGUUUGGAUGCAUUUUAGGCAGCCAGGACCCAGGAAAGAUCUCAAACAGCCACCUAAGGAGCGGCCAGUGAAGUUAUCAUUAGGCUGUAAUGUAGACACUGCAUUUUCUCUGAAAAGACAGUGCUUACAGCAAAAAGCCUGAAGGUAAUGAUUCUACUCAUCAGAACAAAUUCAACAAGCUGUAGUUGUUCUGGUGACAAUAGUGUCUCUUUAACUAGAAAAUCUUUCUGCAGAAUCUUGCUUGCUGUAUUUUAAUAGACUGCUCAUGUUCUUACUAAACUCAUUUUAUUGGACACUUGGCUUGUUGUAGAGUGAAAUUAGUCAAUUACACCUGUUGGUGACACUCUGACACUGUUAUUUACUAAACUGAGUAUUGAAGGGAAUUUCAAAUGUAGUAGCAGAAUGGAAAACAUAGCUGUUUUUCCAGUUCACCUAUUUAGAUCUGAAAUGUUUAAUUUCACUUUGAAUUCACCUCCAGUUCUUACUUAAAUAUUCUUAGUUUGUGAAUAGCUUUGUGAGCUUUUCAUUAAUUUAUCUAUAAUGUGGGUGUUUAGGCUGAGUGCUUAAAGGGGCACUAUAGUCACCAAAACAACUUUAGCUUAAUGAAGCAGUUUUGUUGUAUAGAUCAUGCCACUUUAGUAUCACUGCUCAAUUCUCUGCCAUUUAGGAGUUAAAUCACUUUGUUUAUUCAGCCCUAGUCACACCUCCCUGCCAUAGGCGUGCGCAGCCUAUUGCAUAAGGGUGUGCACCCUAAAGCACAAACACACGCCGCGUGUGUGUGUGUGUGUAUGUAUAUGUGUAUAUUUAUAUGUGUAUAUUUAUAUAUAUAUAUAUAUAUGUAUAUUUAUAUAUAUAUAUAUAUAUAUAUAUAUUUAAAAAAACAAAAAACAGUAAGUCUGGCAUUCAAUCCUCAAAAAUAAACAAAAAACUUACACCAAGGUGCUGCUCUGCGCUGAAUAUGUAAAAUGUAAUAAAGAUGAGGGCACUCAAUGGACUUCCAAAGAAAAAAAUCUAUUAGAAUGUUGCCAAUAUGGAUCAACGUUUCGACCAAACAGGUCUUUAUCAAGAUGAUUGAUAAAGACCUGUUUGGUCGAAACGUUGAUCCAUAUUGGCAACAUUCUAAUAAAUUUUUUUUUCUUUGGAAAUCCAUUGAGUGCCUUCAUCUUUAUUACAUUUAUAUAUAUAUAUAUAUAUAUACACUAUAACUGCUACAUACAGCUAAAGUUGUUUUGGUGACUAUAGUGUCCCUUUAACCCCUUCAGGACCAGACUGUUUUUGCGAUGUUUGUACGUUAAGGACCAGAGCUAUUUUAACACCUUUGUGGUGUUUGUGUUUAGCUGUAAUUUUCCGCUCUCUCAUUUACUGUUCCGAUACAAAUGAUAUAUUGUUUUUUUCAGGACAAAAAGGGCUUUAUUUACAUACUAUUAUUUUUAUCAUGUCAUAUAAUUUAAUUUUAAAAAAAUAAUAAAAUAUGGUGAAAAAUUAAAAAUAAAACACGUUUUUUGACUUCUACUUAAUAUUUUACUGAUCUACAAAAUCGAAUGAAACAAACUGCUAAAUAUAUUCAAAAUUUUGUCCUGAGUUUAAAAACACCCAAUGUUUGUGUUUUUUUGCUUUUAUUUGCAAGUUAUAGGGCUAUAAGUACAAGUAGGAAAUUGCUGUUUCAAAAUUUACAUUUUUCAAAUGUAUCAAUAGUGACAUUGUAACACUGUUAUGUCAUAAAUCUCCAAAAAACACCCCACAUGUAUAUAUUUUUCUUAAACUAGAUAACCCAGGGUAUUCAUCUAAGAAUAUUUUGAUACUUUCUAUGCAGCCAUUUUACCACAAAACCUUUGCCAAGCUUUGCAUAGGUAGUUUAUUUUUUAUUUAUUUUUUUCACAUACUUUGCAAUUCAGGUAUAAAUUCACAGAUUCUGUUAAGUUUCACUGCCAAACAACACCCCAAUAUGUGUUCAGCAACAUCGUUCGAGUACAGGGAUACCCCAUGUAUAGGUGUGUCGGGUUGUUUGGGGGCUAAAAGGCCACAUUUGGCAGGUGCGCAUAUCAGUUUCCCAGCUUGGAAUUUUGACAUGUAGUCAACCUGCAUGCAUGCCCUAUUUGGGACAUUUUUGAAGCCGGCCAAUGUAUUUUACCCCCCAUCAAACCAUAUAUUUUUGAAAAGUAGACACCCUAGGGUAUUUCACAUGGUGGUAUUUUAACACUUUCCAUGCACUAAUUCUACCACCAGGCUUUGUCAAAGAUUGAGUUAGUGCAUUUUUUUCUGUUUUUUCCACACACAUUGUACUUUAGGCAUGAAUUAACAGAUCCUGUUAUGUAUCACUGCCAAACAACACCCCAAUAUGUGUUCAGCAAGAUCUCCGGAGUACAGUGAUACCACCGAUGCAUAGGCCUGUCGGGUUCUUUGGGGGCUAAAAGACCACGUUUGGUAGGUGCGGUUAUCAGUUUCCAAACUUGGAAUUUUGACAUGUAAUCAACCUGCGCCCAUGUCCCAUUUGAGCCAAUGUAUUUUACCCCCAUCAAACCAUAUAUUUUUGAAAAGUAGACACCCUAGGGUAUUUCACAUGGUGGUAUUUUAACACUUUCCAUGCACUAAUUCUACCACCAGGCUUUGUCAAAGAUUGAGUUAGUGCAUUUUUUUUCUGUUUUUUCACACACAUUGUACUUUAGGCAUGAAUUAACAGAUCCUGUUAUGUAUCACUGCCAAACACCCCAAUGUGUGUUCAGCAACAUCUCCCGAGUACAGUGAUACCCCCCAUGUAUAGGGUUGCUGGGUUGUUUGGGGGCCAAAAGGCAACAAUCAGAACUUGUACAUGUCAGUUUUUCAACUUGCUAUAUAGGUAUGCUUGGUCUAUCUUCAGUUUGACAUAUUUUUGCACCCCCCAGUUAAUGUAACCAUCAUGAAAGUAUAUAUUUUUAUAAAAUAGACAUCAAAGGUUAUAGAAGAUGGGGUGCUUUGACUUCUUUCCCCCAACCAUUUUGCCCCCCCCCAAAAAACAGAGAAAGUGUAGUGGUAAUUUUUAAAUUCUGGUUUUUAUGCAUACGUCAUCUGGUUUUGGCCAGCUGGUUAUGUGUUACUGCCAGAAAACGUGUUAGACCAAAUGUGCAGGUAGCAAAUGUAAAUUUAGCAGCAAUCUUUAAACUGACCCCUGCAAAUAGAAUCUAACUGGAGAUUUGGGGGAAGGAAACUGACUAACAAAAAAUGGCUGCUUUCCAAAGAAACAAAAAAUAAAAUAAAAAUUCAGGAACACUUCUUACAACUGUUCUGUGUGGUACAGCUUGAAACAUGUUCCUACACACUUGGUUUCGAAGGGCAAUCAGGACCGUGAAAAGGGGUGUCUGUCCUUUUCCCGUUUUUAAAACAGACCUGGCAAUGUUUCUGGGGGAGGGGGAGAGGGGGUUCUAGCAGUUGGCGGUAACUGAAAAAUAAAAUGCCUGGACUCAGCUUGCACCAUUGUUGGAACUUGUCCAUCUCCAUAAAUUGUUAAAGAAAUUAUUUUCAACUGAAAUUGGAGAAAGGUGGUUUACCCUGGAUUAAUUUUUUUAAAAAGCAAAAAUGAGUUGUGGGUUGCUAUUUGCAUCACAUAGAUAGCCACCUUUUUAUACCAUGCUUUGUUUUUUCGUAAAAUAAGAUAUGGCUGCAUCAGCUUAUCAGCCAAAUCAACUCCCCCCAUGUACUUUUUAUAUGCCCUGAUGCAAACCGGUUUGGACUCUACUCUGCCCCGGACAGAGACGUCUGACAUGCGUUCGUCAUGGAUGGUGGUUAGCAUGUUGACAUCCUUCCUGUCCCUAAAUUUUAGUGCAAGCACUUCAGCUUUGAGAAGUGCUUUACAUUCGCCUUUUUUUAAUUUUGCCUGUAUGAGAGAUCGUGGAAAGUCUUUGGAAUUUUUUCUGGCAGUGCCGCAGGCCAAUGUCUGUAAACCAUAAAGUGUUUUAAACAGACGGACACUACUAUAAAAAUGAUCCACAUAAAGGUGGUAACCUUUAUUAAACAAGGGGUUUAGUAGGUCCCAUACAAGUUUCCCACUUGUCCCCAGGGAGUCAGGACAGCCAGGAGGGUCCAGUUGACCAUCUUUCCCCUCAUAUACACUAAAGGCAAACAUGUUUCCACUUUCGCUCUCGCACAGUUUGUACAGUUUUAUGCCAUACCUAGAGUGCUUUGAGGGGAUGUAUUGUCUGAACCCUAAUCUCCCUUUGUAUUUCAUUAGCGAUUCAUCUAUGGAUAAAUUUUGUUGGGGGGUAUAAACAUCCGAAAAUUUGUCCUGAAAAUGGUCUAGCAGUGGGCGUAUUUUAUGAAGCCUAUCGUAUUGGGGGUGAUCUCUAGGGUGACAGAGGGUAUUUUCACUGAAAUUUAAAAAUGUCAGCAGUAACUUGUAUCUGGCACUAGGCAUGGUUUGGGAGAAUACUGGACUAGACAUUAUUGGGUUGGUGCUUCAGUAUGAGCGAAUCGAUGGCUUCUUUAUAAUCCCCAUGAGCAUUGUAAGCUCUGGGACAUCUGUGGGAUGCCAGUCAUGCUCCCUGACUGUAUAGCUACCUGGAUUGUUAUCAAUAAAUUGGGUAGCAUACAAGUUAGUCUGGGAAGCAAUCUCCUCCCAGAUGGUAUCCCCUAAAAAUAGUUCUACAUACUGCAUUGGGGAGAAGCCAUCCACAUUAACAUUAAUGCUUGCGUUGGCACUAAAAGGGGGGACGUUGGGCUCGACUAACUGUGGAGGUACCCAGUCCUCCUCCACAUUCGGCGUAGCAGAGGAAGCACAGCUUCUUUUUUCAGCCGGCUCACACACAGAUGACAUGUCUUGACUAGAAAACUGACCUGGGUCAAAAUCUGACGCAGUGUCAGUGGAGUCAGAGUCUGACGCCAAGAAGGCAUAUGCCUCCUUCAAGUUAUACAUACGCUGCAUGUUUUACACACGACUAAAACAAAUUACAAACACACAAAAAUUUUGGGGGAAGGAAACUGACAGACCAAGAAACAGAUUUUUAAAAGAAAUGUAACCCUUUAAGGGCAAAAAAAAAAAAUACAGACAGUACAAAUGCACUGCUGUAACAGAUCUGGCAGGGAAGGGGUUAAAAGGUGAUUUAAAAAAUAAAUAAAAUACUGAUACUUUCUGAUGGUCACUGAACACUGCUGCAACAAACUAUCACGAUCUCUGUCUCUCUCGCCUCACAAAACGCUACAGAGGAGAGAGGGGCAGAGAUCCCUGUCAAAGUGAGUGUUUGUAACACCCAUUUUGACAGCAGCCAAUUGUGAGCGAUCGCGGAUCGCGCACACGCCGCAAUUGGCUGUUACUAUCUGCCUGGGAUGUCUGGCAGAUAGUUACAGUGUUAUACAGGCGGGAGCGAUCUUUGAUCGCUUCCCGCAGCCCGUUUUUUGCUAUGACGGUUCAGGACCGUCAGUGGUCCAAACGCACGUUUUACCGCUGACGGUCCUGAACCGUCAGCGGUCCUGAAGGGGUUAAGUACUUCACGUGGCAUUGCUCAUAUUAAAGGGUUACGCUAACAACCUUCAACACUUCUGCUUUCAGAAGUAAUCAUGGUUGUAGGAGUCUGUAUGUUCAGAGUUUCUACUUAAAACACUGCACAUACCGAAAAAUAUGCAGAUUUGUGCUGGGGUCUAUUUACACCCCUAGCACAAGUGAUUUAGUCAUCACAGAACUCUGUUCUGGACUGCUCAAUAUGAAUUCUGUGCUAAAAUGAAGUCUGUAGUCAUCACACACUGCUGUAAUGAGAUGAUAAUCUCCUCCCUCCCUGUGCUCCCUCUCAGCUCUCCCCACCUCCUCCAUGUUCAACAGUUACAUGUACUCUGAGACGGUAUAUGGUCCAAUAAAAACGAUUCUUUUUAGAAGAAAAUUUGAGGAAGGCACACAUCUUAUUAUCUAUAGUGGAUAUAGCACAUACAGUGUUCCUUUUAUAGGCUUUUAUAAUACAUACAGUUUUCUUGAUGAUGAAAGUUGUGCUAGUGAGCCAGAGUGGCAAAACUGCUUACAAAGGUCUUGUUUUUAACCAGGCUACUGUUUUUGCUAUAUGUUGGCUUGGCAGCAAUAUUAUAAUGCAGUAUCACUAAGAUGAUACUAUAGAUAUACACUGUUGAUUUAGUUUUGUAAUGCAUAAUCUACGGUUGCCUCUUAAUUCGCAAUAGCUCUACGACCCAGGUAAUUUAUAUGCGCUAUUACUUAUUUUCAAUUCAAUUAUUUUAAAUUGUUUUAACAUUUGUACAUCUAAAAAUGAAAAUACAAAAAUGCAUUCAAAAUAUUACAUUUAGAAUAGACAAUUGCCUCAUUGUUUGAUUUAAAAUUCUUUAUCCGCAGAAUAAGCAUUGAUUUUAAUUUUGUUUGAUGCGUUCAGACUGCACAUAUUGUUUAUUCAGUGGUUCCUGUCAUUUCUGUGCAAUUUGUGAACUUGAUGCCUUGCGGGAAAUAAGGAAUUAGCAUUGGUUAGUGGAUAAAUUAGGAUAGCAGCUAUAAAGCAAUAGUAGAGCGAAGGCAUCUGUCAGUUACAUUACCCAUUUGCAAAUUAAAACAUGUCUUUUUGUUUUCUUAAAGGGGAACUACAAGCACCAUAAAAGGCUUAUAGUGGUGGUUGUGGUGCUAGGCACUAUGUCUUCAGACCCUCCAAUAUUUGAGAAUCCAUUUUUACGUAUUUUGACAAAAAAGACAAUUGUCUUGGGUUCGGCAGGACCAUCCCUAUCCACAAUCGGCGUAGUGCGAGCGAAUCAGUAGACGCUGCGCUGACAGGACACAAAGCUCACGCUCAGAGCACUUACACAUCAUUCUCAUCAUGGGAUAAGACUGGCCAUACAGACUGUUAGUCACUUUUUGUGAAUGCACGGCAGACUGAAAUGCUUCUUUUCAUCGAUGCCUCCUUCCAAGCGUGGUACUAAAACCAAAUAUUGAAAGUAUGAGCACUGAAUGGUGUAAGAGAUAGUAAAGUCUUAUAUUAAUUUGAAAUAACAUAUGACUUUAUAAAUACAUAAUAAAUUCAGGGCCCAAAUUUUUAAGUGUUACUCUACUAGUUCUAGGUCUAAAAUGUAUUCACCACUACAAGCGUGUAGGGUCCAAGGCACAAUCAUCAGGGGUACGUUUCUACUCACCAGGGCUGAAUUUCAAUGUAUGUAAACACGGGCAUUCAAGAUUGUCUGUUUCUUUGUAAAUAGAUUUAUUUACGAGAGCAUAUUUUUAGCAUGAAUAUAUUUGCACAAAAACAUAAGCAUUCCUUACAAAUGAACAAACAAAGGUUUGGAAGGAGGUGUGUGAAGAAUAGCACACAUGAUUUAUAUUUAUGUAAAAGGAACACUAAAAAAAACAAAAACAGUUGAAUGUGUUUUACUUAUUUUUUAAAAUUCAGGGCCCCCAUUUUGUUUAUAUAAUGUAAAUCACUAUUAAUCAUUAAAAUUACUGUAAUCCAAGUGCAGGGACAGUCUCCUCACUGCAGCUGGACCCUACAAUCAUGAUGGCUGGAUCCUUUAAUCAUAAUGACUAAUCUAAUCAGAUGUUUUUCACAGGGAAUCCUUGUGUACACAUGGUACAUCUGUGGCAAACAUCACAAUCCAUCAAUUCAGUACUUCUCUAUGAGAAGUAUUGCAUCUAGAGCUUCUGCUAGCGAAGCAUUGGACACACACAAUCUAUGGUAUAUUUUUCAUGCUGGCACCAGACAUCAAAUAGAUUCAGUUUUUGCAAUGAUUUCUUCAAACCCGUAGGCGACCUUAAAAGGCACAUAAAAUCACAUUUCCUUUCCUCAAUAUAUUAACAUAGACUAAGCAGAAAGGGAUUCAUUAUUUUACUCCCCCCAUUCAUGAUAGAUGUAAAAAAUAAUCUUGUUUUUACAAAAUCUAAUUUUAGCGAGGCCUAAACUGCACGCUCAGGGGUUAACAGGUAUAUAUGACCGUACUUCCACGGCCCUGCACUUAGGCACAGCUUUUAUCACUUAAGGCUUUUUUUCUUUUUUUUUUAGCCAGGGAAGUGAAGAAUUGAUGCGUUGUAAUUUAUUUAUUUAUUUUCAGAAGUCUACUUUGUGUAUAUGAAAUUACUUGGAGCUUGGUCUUAUGUCUCAUCUUAUCUUUUCGAACAGUACAAAUAUUAGUCUUGCUUCUGUAGAUUGUCCCCUGGGACCAAAGACUUAAACCUUAAACUCUUUAUAUUAUGACACUUAACUUUAUUUGGGGUGGGAGGAUGGGGGGGAUUGGAGUGGGGAGAUGACAGAAAUGCCAAGCAGAAACAUCUUCGCAACUCCGGUGAUGGAAGCCAUCAUGUGUUUGUGAUACUGUUAUUUUUCAUAACUCACUUAAAAACUCAAAUUGAUUACCCUUAAUUUAGAAUAUCCCAUAUUUUGUUUUGCUUGAUUAUUUUAAAGUCAGAGAAGAAGCACAAACAAACUGAUUUAAAGGGAUUCUCGAAACACCAAAACAAGUCUACACUCUUACACACACCCUUCUUGACAAAAGGUUAUAUUUUUAUUCAGAUCUUGCAGCACAGUAUGCUUACUUUUAGAAGCUAGAUCUCCUACUCUGGUAAUUGAACGUUUAUCACAUACAGGAGGCUGUUUAUGGGCUUUAACUGGCAAUCCACAGAGCCAGAAACAAGAACUUAUGAAUUAAAUACACUUUUGCAAAAAUAGGAAUCUAUAGAAAAUUAGAUUUUUUUUCAGGAAGUGCAGGUAGGCUGUAUGAGUCUCAGGGAUUUUAUAUAUAAUAUCUUUCUUGAUGGGUGUAAUCUAAAGAUCCAGUUGCAAGAGAUCCAACUUGCCUUUUGUAUGCACUCUAACUCAGUGGGCAAUUGUUAACUUGAUCUUUGACUUACAAUAAUGAUAAAGUUAAUAUGACUCCGUUCCACAUAUAAAAACCUCCUAAGAUCUCAUUGAGAAUGACUGUCAGUGACCAGGGAAGUCUACUUAUUUUGAACCUCAACAUAAAGGUGUCAAAUGGCUCACAAUAUACGGCAUUUUCCCCUGUACCUAGUACACAAAUUUAGUAAGAAAGCCCCUGUGUAGAAUUCAUGGAUGAGGUCAAGAUCGUUUGCUAUAGACCUGACUAAGUGUAUUUAUCCAGUCAUCAGCACAAGAAGAUUUACAGAACAUAGGGAUGGAAUCACAAAGGUAACCUUUGGAACAAAUUGUCAUCAGAAAAACUAAAACGAGGAAAUAAAUAGUUCAUUUGUGCAUUUUUUUUACUUUUCAUACAAAUCUGUCAUUCACUUUCUUCUGCAAAAUGUAUCUCCGUCUGGUAUCUCUAUAAUUAGUUUUUAUAUGUUUGUUAUCUGCAGGGCUUAAUCUAGACUCUUCAGAUCUUCCCAGCCAGAUGAGCUUCUCGGAUUGGCCUGAAAUAAGGAAGAUAUUUACGGAAAAAUUUGAACAGAAAACUCAAGCAGAAUGGUGCCACAUAUUUGAUGGGACCGACGCGUGCGUAACUCCUGUUGUGUCCUUGAAUGAAGUUACAGCACACCAGCAUAAUAAGGAGAGAGGAUCUUUUAUCAUUAAUGAUCAAGGGGAAGUAAGCCCUAGGCCUGCCCCACUUCUCUCCAGAACACCUGCAGCUCCCGAUACCAGCAGGGAUCCAUUUGUAGGAGAACACACUUAUGAAGUCCUGUCAGAAUAUGGUUUCAGCGCUAAAGAAAUUUCAAAUUUUCAGACUUCUGGAGAAAUUGCGUGUAACACACCAAAGAGUCAAUUAUAAAAAUGAAAUAGCAUUGGUAACCCUUUCAUUUAUAAGUGCAAUUGUUAAAUAAUUAAGGUGAUUAUUUGAACUCUAUAAUAACGUAUAUUGAGAUUAUUUAUAUAAACUCAAGGCCUUAUUUGGGUCUGAUAUGAAUUGUACAGUAAUAUUUUUCCCAAUUCAGCUAAAAUGGACCAUUUUUGCUCUAUCGGUUUUUAAAGUCUGAGUAAUUUUCAAAGUAAAUUGUGUUUUGGAUUUUUUUUUUCUUGUCAGAUUUCUGCUUUGACUUCUCUCCUUCACUGUCUACAGUUCAGUAUAAUACAAAAUCUAUACUGAUAACAUAGUAUCUGAUAUAUACAGGGAGUCUCUAUUAUUAUAAUACCAUUAUAAUAAUAAUAAUUAUUAUUACAGUUCUAAGGCAGUGACAUUACUACUUCUCUAACCAGCUAGCUCAUAUAUGUAUGUAAAAAACAAAGAUGUGUUCUUAAUGAAUUAACAAUUAAUUGUAGCAUUUACUAAAGUUUACACAAAUUCCCUAAAAAGGGUAUGUUUCAUUAUUAGUUCCAGAACUGGCCUCUGCAACUACUGAACAUUUACACCUUUUUGCCCAGGACUUACUUGUUAAUGUUGGGAUUUGUACUAUAAAAUACUUCUCGUAUGAAAGCAUUGAGGAUAAACCUUUUGGAUGGGUGGGCUUAUAAAGAAUUAGAAUUUUUGUAUACAGAAGGGAAAAAAAAUCAUACUUUAGGACUGUAUUAGUUCAUGUGUCCCUUUUAAGAAUUUACCCAUUCGGCCAUUGACAGCCUGUCAAAGGCAUCUGGGAUUGGCAUACACUGUUGCACAAAGCUGAUAUUUCCAGCCAGGAAGAGAAUGGCUUGAAGGUUUGAAAUAGGCAACAGGGACACAAUCUUUGCACCAUAAACACUUUAGGAAAAUUAAGAGCGAUCCUUUAAGGCUUCAAUUAAAUAUAUCUAAUGUUAUUGAAAUUUCUUUCAUAAACUGCAAACCAGUGUCAGCGCUUAGUGAAUAUUCCCCUGUGAGAUAUUCUCCAGGGUAUCAUAACAAACAUGUACAGUCCGACUUCCAAAAAUGGGUAUCAGUAUAGCAAUCUAUGCAUCAAUCUAUGUAUCAACAGUGAUGAAGGUAUACGUCUUUUAAUUGUGUCCACUUUUGUAGCAAACCACGAUGUGUUCUGUAUGUACCUUAAAAUUAAGGAAACAGUAACAUAGUGAAACACUGUAGAUUUAUUUUAUCCUAUUGAACCCGCC